AUGGCAGCAGAAGUGAACUCAAUUCACUGGUUCCGUAAGGGCCUUCGUUUGCACGACAACCCUUCUCUUCGUCAAGCGAUAGAGGGCAGUUCUACCUUUAGAGGAGUUUUUUUCCUCGAUGUGGAUACUUUGAACGAGAUAAACAUUUCAAGAAACAAAUGGCGUUUCCUUCUAGAUUGCCUGAACGAUUUGGAUUCGAGACUGCGAAAGUUGGGCUCUCGGCUUUUUAUCGUGAGGGGACAACCCAUUGACGUUUUUCCGAAACUAAUUAAAAAGUGGAGUAUAUCGAGGGUUACGUUUGAAUACGACGGGGAACCAUUUCCUCGCAGGCGAGAUGAAUCCGUGAGGCGCUUGCUGGAAUCUGAAGGGGUGGAAGUUUUGGUCUCCUCGUCGCACACUCUAUACGACGUCGACGAGUAAGAUAUCUUAUAUUGCCACUUAAAUUUUGUGUAGAACGGUUGACAACUAAUUGUACUUUUUUAUUGAAUUUCUUCGCCAUAUUCUUUAGGUGGAUCGUUAUUAAUAUAUAUCGUCCUAAAUUAUAAUUGUCCAUAAUUUUUCCCUCUAAUAUUGGUUGCCAGACAUACUGCCACAAACUAAGUCAUUUCAUUACUUGUUACUAAAUAGGUAAGAACUUUUUGUCUACCCUAUUGCUUUUUAUUAGGCAGAAACACCUAAGUAUAUAUUCCCUUUUAAAGGAGUCAGAACGACUCGGUUGCAAAACAAGUGCCUGUUCUAGACGAAAUUUCGCUACUUGUCAAAUUCGCGACGUUCGAGUUCGCUACCUACAUUACCUCACUGCCUAUUGGCAAAGUCCAAAACUUGCACCCUUGGAGGGGCAACCUUAAAAGAACGAGAAAUAUGUCAAAAGUUUUUAUUAUCUAGAGCGAUUAAGUGGUUUACAGAAAGUAAUAUGUGGCGAAUUUGUUGCAAAAUAUGACGUAGCGAAUUCGACAAGUAGCGAAACCGGUUGUUACCUGUGAUUGUUUACACGUGAGUUUUGUAAUGCAUCUGCGAAAAAAGACAUCGUGCUUUAGAGCUUUCGAGAUUGACUGUCUAGAGGAUAUUUCUUCGAGGCUGGUAUAAAACAAUUGGUAUGGAAAAGAUGGCAAGUGUAUACAUGUUAUAAUGGAACAUGCGGGUGCUGAACCGGGUUUUAUCCCUUCCAUUCUAAAAGAGGACUAUACACACCAAUGGACUUUCUUGGUUCAGAAUGGGUAAAUGGGUCAAGUACCUUUUACUCUUAAAGUUUUAUCGGAGCCGUUGGUGCCUUAAGUUAGGCCAUUCAUUUUUUUGGCCUCUGUUAAAUGGGAAUGGGCCAUGAAAAAAAAAAAUGGCAGUGGAGGCAAUACUACAUUCCUUUAAAUAUAAGGUUAGAUAGCCCUCUUUGCCUUGAUUGCUCUUGGAGAAUUCAAAAUAAAUGUUUCCUUUAAAUGAGGCAUCAAAAGCCAGUUAUCAUAAAGGCCAAAAAUAAAAAGGAAAAUUUGCAGCCAUUUUGGAAUAAGACGUAUUCAGGUAUAUUUUUGGGACGGGCGAAAGCAGCUUGCUAUGGUCGUAUUGCUGUGGCGACCACUUUGGUAGGGCAGAGAAAGGUCAGAGGGAAGAAAAUAUGCCCACCUGAGUUCAUUGUCCCUUUUGGAAACUUUGUACGUAGACAAACUGAUCCUCCGAUUGGUUUGGCAUAAAAUGUAUAGAUUGAUGCCUGUCGACAGAUCUCUUACUUCUGUUUGAGAUGUGGUGAUGGACAGCAGUAAUGGCUUUCCAUUUUGCUGUUGGUCAGUGUCAUUUUGUGUGUAGGAUUACUUCUUAUUUCCUGCUAAUGGAAGCACCCAUGUAAUAAUGCUAAUUAGAAUGUACAUGAGAAGAAAGAGUCGCUUAAACUUGAAUCCUGAGUCCACAAUCUUGAGAGAAAAGAGAUUUUUAUUGUACAUACCAUUGAUUUUAUUUUGGGUAUUUAAGAUAAGUAGGAAGCAUUGCGUGUUUUAUCAUCACUUGAUUAUUUUUACAUUUAUUCUUUCUUUCUUUCUUCUUCUUUUUAGGGUCAUUGAGGGAAAUCAUGGAAACAUUCCAGUUACAUUUAAACAGUUUCAGAGCGUCAUAAGUCGUCUUGAGAGUCCAAGAAGCUGUGUCCCUGAAGUUGAUCAAGAAUUAUUUGGAAGUUGCGUAACUCCCAGUAGUGAUACUGAUGAUGAUGUGUAUGGAGUUCCUAGUUAUGACACCAUUGUUCUGGAUGAAGAAGAUCAUGGAGUUAGUGAAUGGAUCGGUGGAGAAACAGAGGCACUGAGGAGACUGAAGGUUUUGGAAAAAGAAGUGAGUGUGGCAGAAUUUCAUAAGUGUUGAUCAAGGCUGUGCUCUAAGGAAAAUUGAAGGAAGCCCAGUGCUCUGAAACUGUAAAAUGUAGGGUGCCCAGCAUAUGAUUUGAAUGAAAAAUCUGAGAUUUUCUAGUCGCCCGAGGGCAAAAGUUAGGCGCCAGGGGCCACCGGGCUCUGCUAGAGCACAGCCCUGGUUGAUGUUGUGUUUGAAGUUCAUCCCUAGUUUCAAUUCGAUUCAUACAUUAACAUACCCAAGAACAAAAGAAAAUAAUGUUAAUUCCAAGGAUGCAACUAAACCUUAACAUAAGCAAAAUGAUGACAAUGUGGUUCAAUUUUAUCCUUGGUUUAAAUUUUAUUCUCCUUCGUUCCAAACCUGUACAUGCACAUUACCAUGCCCCCAAAAAAGGCAAUUAAAAUUUAAACCAAGGAUAGAAUUGAAUUGCAUCACUUACUGAGGACAGAACAACACAGGCAGUCAGUCCUACAUAGUAAAAACUGUCAAGUUGAGCCAACAUGGUUGUUGGCAAAGAAGAUUGUUUGGAGGAUGAAGUACUCUAUUUGUGCAGUACUUCGGUCAUUGAGGGUGGCUUUAACCACAUAAACUGUUAUGUCUUAAAACUCCAGUGAAGACUGAGUUGACAAAGAGGGAGGCAAACAAUGAAUGAAUACAUGGAACUUUAAUAGAUAUUUUUAGCAGCAACAGUUUGCUGUGUUUCCCCUUUGAAUUUGAUAUCCUUUUUUAGUCAAUCAACGUCUGUUAUACGAUCUAGGAUUCUUAUACAGUCAAAAUUCUCCUUGCGACAGCUCUCGAAAGUGACCACCUCUAGUAAUGACCACAUUUGUGAAAUGUUGUUUGAACCUUGACUUGAACUUUGUAAUGAAAAGUUGUUGUUUGCGAUCGCUUCUGUAAGUGUCCACGACCACUUUUGGGAUUACCCAACUGGACUUUUCCUCUCUUUGUAAGCUCUCGUAAGCCACCACUCAGGAUUCUUAUUUUUAUAAAUCAACAGUUUAUUAUUUCUUAAUGAAACUGCACAAGGCGCUAAUGGUUCGAGUUUCGAGAUGUUUGGACUGAGUCUCGAGUCUCAAGUUUUGAUGAUCGAGGAUCCAGAAGCAAGGUCUUCGUGUGAAAAUAUUUUUGUUUUCUGAAAGAACAAUGUUGUACAGUCACAUACCCGUUCAGAAAUGCGCACCUUUGAUCAGUGCUUGCGCAUGCGGUGCGGUGCGGUGUUCUGUAACUGUUUGAAUUGAUCCUCUAAACGCAAGACUCUAUCCUCGAAAGUUGUGGGAAUCGAGUCUUGAUGCUUAAUCCACUCGAGUGACUGUCAAGUUACUUUUGAGCGGUACUGUAAAUUGGCCUCAGGAGUGAACAAAUUCUUGUUCUUGGAACAUGAUGGUUUUAAAAUCUAUUCUCUCUAGACCAUGCCUUUAUUUAACAGCCUUGUACAGUAAGAAUGAGUACUCUCAAGAGUACUGGUGUAGUACUCGGGUGGCUACCUUUGUUUCCCAAACUUGGUUAUUUUGUUAGUGUGGGCUUCAUUUUUAAAAAUUCCUGAUUUCCCAUGUGAACUUCCAUCAUGUCACUUCCUGCAAUUCCUAAGAGACAGGCGACAUAAUGAGAUUAGCUUUUCUCAGGGCUAGUCAUUCCGUGAUGAGCCAAAACUCUAAACUUUGAACUUCAGAUGUUAGCUCAUAAUCACAAAGGGUGAUCUAAAACAUAAAAUGCCAAAAAGCCGACCCAAAGGUUAUAAUUAAAAAUAAGAAUUUUGCACCGGAAGAUAGAAGUGACGAUUUGAAUGUUUUCGUUAUUAAAUGUACAUCCAAAACAAAUGCAAGACACACAAAAAAAUUAUGCAUUAACCCAUGUCAUUUUGCUGUUUCUGAACCUCGACUGUAAUCGAGGGAUUUGUCUUUCUCUGCGUAAGUUGGUAGUAUAGAGUGUGUAAGUUGUGGUAAGGAAUGUAAGCUGGAAGUUAUGUAACUGCUACAUUUUAAGGUGUGGAAACUAGAUACCUCGUGUUAUGCAAUCAUAACAGCACGUGUAAGAUUCUUAUUCUAUAAGGUUUUGAUUUAGGGUUGAAAGAGUGUGUCUCCUUGAUGUGUAGGGCAAGUUGGAGUAAUUUACAGUGGGAGUAAUUUGAUACUAAUAUCCGAAUAAGAAGAUGAGUAGCAGUGGACUCACAAAACAACUUUGCUAAGUUUGUGUCAUUUGUGUUUCUAAAUUUAGGUUGCAGACCCUAAAGCAGAGAGCACACAAUGGAGAAAAGACUCACCAUUUCCAAAGUCCUCAAAGUUGAGUCCUUAUCUCAGAUUUGGUUGUCUGUCAGUGAGGCAUCUCUUUCAUACAAUGAACAAGGUUUAUGAGGAGGUCAGUAUGAAGAAAUUUCUGGAAGAUGUUUGUAUUUGACUUAAAAAAAAACAAGAGAUCAAAUAAAUGUAAUGUAAAGUGGUUAGGUAGUGGAUGAAAUGAAAAUAUAGUUCUGAUACAUUGCAUUUAUGGGAUGUUGUUCUAUAAUCUGUUAUUGAUAUAUUUUGUGGUCAUUGCUCUGUAAAGGUGUGGUUGCUAUAUGCCCUCAAGUUAUUCAUUGUGCAAGGGUUAGGUUUCUUCUAUGAAAAAAAGUUGAUUACUACUAUUAUUAUUAUUAUUAUAAAUUCUCCCCAUAUAGUUCUUGUAGAAAAGCCCACAUAUAUUGGUUGGUUUGAUUCUGAACUCAAUCUUCAUAAAGUCUUGAUAGCCAAAGAUUUUUUUUUGAAUCCUGAGGCAUGGACAAAAACCGUUCUCUGCAUAACUCCAGCAACAUUAACAAUAGACUUGCUCCUAUUUGGUGUACCAUAGCACCAGGAACAUCGACAUUGUGUCAACUGAAGAUUUUUUACCUUCUAAAAAAGGAAAGUUUAUUACAGCGCACAGUGGACUAUAAAGUGACUGCAUUAGUGAGGUUGACUUUAUGUGAGAAUUGGUUUAUUUGGCAAGAAAAUUGUUGUCUGCAUUAAUGAGUGUUCGUAUUAAGUAGGUUGAAUUUAGAGGAAAUGUAAGGGCUUUCCCCAGAGACAAAGAAAACUGUCUGUGACAAUGAGUUGUCUGUAUUAAGCGGGUGUCCAUAAAGCAGGGUUCGACUGUAAUAUAAAUUUUCUUUUAAAUUUUAUUCAAAUGGGUACUUGAGAUGACAGUUACAUUUUUUGGGACUCUCCUGUUAUCAGGUUGACGUAACUGCAAUUAAUGGCAUUUGAUUUAAACCUGAAAUUGAAAUGCCAUGGUACUCACGAUUAUGAUCCUUUGACCUAUUUUAGGCACAUAGAAAGCCUGCUCCACUCACAGUUCACAUUCCCCUUUUGUGGCGAGAGUUCUUCUUUGUGGUGGCCAGCAGACAUCCUAAUUUUGACAAGAUGAAAGACAACUCCCUUUGCUUGCAAUUCCCAUGGGAAGAGCAAUCAGACAAACUGGAGCGGUAUAAACAGGUGAAAGUUGAAGCUUAUUCCUAGGGUGUUGUACCUUUUAAAGGACUUGAGGUGUGCAGCCCUAUUAGAGAUUGAAGUCACAUUGAAAAAAGAAAAGAAAAAUCAAUACUUGUCCUUUGAGUGAUUGAGUGUUGUUAGUUCAUAUUGCAUUUAGAAUGGCAGCCUUAAGAGGGAAAAAGGAAAAAACCUUGUCAGAACUCAUGCCAUGAGGGAGUCAAUACCAUUCUUACCAGGGCUCAAAAUAACGGUCAGCCAACAGACAAUGUCUGGACUGAUUGGGGAGUUGACUGGUCAACCUCUCGUCUUGCCAGUGAUGUUGACCAGUCACAUUUGAUCGUAUUGAAACUGAAAUAAAUUAAAAUUGCCUUGCUGUUCAGUUGUUUCAGUUGUUAUCAGUAUGUAGAGAGUAGCUGUGUAUUGCAUAACUUUCUUCACAGCUUCUGUUAGGUCGCAGGAAAAAAGUCACAUUUUUUUUGUCGAGAAUGCACUUUUACUCCUACCCCAAUCUCCUUGCAGCUUCUCUGUUCUCACAUGCCUUUAUUACUUUGCGCCCCCGUUCUGCCAUGUUACACAGGCUACGGGAUUUUCAGGGACAGAUUCAUAGAAAAAUUGGUGGAUUUUGUGGGAAUUUUGCAGACAUUUUUGGGGCUAACUUCGCCAAAAAACAAUUAUUAAAAAAGUGCCGAUUGCGUGGGAUUUUUCUAGCCAAAUUUUGUUAGAAAUUGAUCAAUUUCGCCCUGAUUUAAUGUUUUUUAACAGAGAUAAUCAUUUGCUAUUUUAACAACAAGGUGCUUGAGAAAUGAGCGAUUGGCAAAGCUUUUAACAUCGGCAAUUAAGCCGCCAUAAGUUUCUAUUAUGUUUCAUCAUUUUGUAGUUGGUAAGAUUUCUACCUGAAUUUCGCGCCUUUGCAACCCUCUGAAAUACCAGAGGAAAGGCUGUUUUUCGGAAAUAUGUAACGCCACUUUUAGUUCAUUGGUCCUUAAUGUUUUAAGAGUUAUUUAUCUUAUAUAUAUUAGUGGCCAGGAAUGAUACCUGACCGAGCUAAAAUGAAUUUGGCCGGUCAUCGUGUCCGGAGACUCUCCGGAAAUUAUUUUGAGCCCUGUUGAGUGAGGUUUACCAGUCGUUGUCAUUGUUGUGACAGUUCCCUUCUUCUCUUGACUUAAGUAGUAUUCAUGUAGUUGCGAGAUUAUAGUAGGCAUAGGAAUCAAUUACUGUUCAGAACUAAGAAAAUGAAAAGUAAUUAUUGUUAUGUAGCAUGCUUGUGGAAUCCCAUAAGAUAUAAAAAAGGUUAAAAGCUAGUCACUGUUUUUGGAAUGGUAAUGCUUUAAAAAUAACAAUGCCAUAACAAGUCGUACAGUGGUGUUAGGCAGCAAAAGUCCAAUUGGCACACUUUUUUGGAGUUUCUUUCAAAAUACUUUCAUGGUUUGAUAGACCACUCACAUUUCAUCUGAUGUUUUUCAGGGUAAGACUGGUUUUCCGUGGAUUGAUGCCAUGAUGCGCCAACUAUUCAAGGAGGGGUGGAUUCCUCAUGUUGCGCGUCAGGCUGUGGGCUGUUUCUUGACCAGGGGAGCUCUCUGGAUAUGUUGGGAGGAAGGAUUUAAAGUGAGUGUGAUCAUUAUUUUAUUUUUUAGGUCAAUGACGUGGGCUUUUAACAGCUUCCAGGCUGCGCUGAUGGAGUGAACCCAUAACCAAAUUAUUAUUGUGGCUUUAUGUUUUCAGUAAGACUCAUUGCUCUUUACACUUGCUCGUAAAAUGGUCAUUGUUGUCUCUCAUGUCAUGAAAAAUGAAAAUUGUGACAUAUCCCCCUCAAAAUUGUCAUCUCUUGGAAAUGUCUGUAAGUAUCCCUCUUUAAUACAAGUGUGAAGAGCAGCAUUGAUUUAAUUUGCUUUUGGAAAAUCAUAGUCCUGUUCAGUAGCAUAACACACACGAUGCAUUAAAAUUAUAUGCAGUGAUGUGUGUAAUAAAAGGAAAACACAGGGCUCGAAAUUGCAACUGUUACAGUCGCCAAUGCAACUAACAUUUUCUCCUUGGUGACUGAAAAUUCUGGUUUAGUCAUGUAUUUGGUAAGAUUUCUAGCGAAUUUUGUGGUAUUUUGCAUGUUUUUGUGGAUUUCGUGGGAUUUUGCGGGUUUACUUGAAUUUCGUGGCUCCUCGACUGCGCCACCGAGCAUUGCCCAUUUUGCAGCAGAAAAACCUACUUGCCCCAGGUGCACUUGGUUCUAGCCCUGUAAUUAUAAAAAGAAGAGUGAAAAGAAAAAACCAUUAAAUUACAAGAAAAAAAAGUCAAAGUAUAUUUGAUAUAAAAAUUUCAGAUAUUUGAGAAGUACCAGCUGGAUGCUGAAUGGAGUUUAAAUGCUGGAUGCUGGAUGUGGCUGUCUUGCAGUGCUUUUUUUGCUAAGCACCCCCAAUGGAUGUGCCCUGUUGGUCUUGGAGAGCACAUGGAUCCGCAGGGAAAAUAUGUUAGGUAAAGACUUGAUGUAAAUCUAGGAAAUUUUAUGAAGAUCUCUUUUUCUGGCAAAUUUUCAGUUUGGCUGCUGUAACUAGGGUCAUCCAGAAGAAAAUUUGACCAAUCACUUCGCGGGAAACUAACAAUACAUUCUGAGAAAGUAGUUUUUUCGAGCCAAUCAGCAACUAGUAGGAAACAAUAAGUACCCAAAGUGCAAAAGUUAAAUAUUGAUAUCCAUUGUCAAUUAUCCACCUAUGGUAUGUACUAAGUAGUACUAUGGCCUAUACGUGAAAGGUGGAAGGCAGGAAUGUAAAAUGUGAUUUUCUGUAAUUUACAUCAAGGUAUUGCAAUGAAAGGUGAUAAAGGCAGGGCCUAAAUGCUAAUUGAAGGGAUUCUGAUGGUUUUGCUUUGCCUUGACUUUUAAAUGAUCUUGUCAGUGGCUUGCUUAACUGCUCUUUAUCCCCAUGCUAAGUGUUAACAUGAGCGUUUUUGGUUCUUUGAAGGAAAUAUGUUCCUGAGUUGAAAGAUUUUCCUGACAAAUACAUUUAUCAGCCUUGGACAGCACCUCUGGAAUUGCAAAAGGCAGCAAAUUGUAUCGUAGGUACUGACUAUCCUCAACCAAUGAUCAACCAUCAAGAUGCCAGGCGAGACUGUAUUGGUAGACUGAGAGGGGUUUAUCAGACCCUAGUUUGUAAGGGUAAGUCUUUAUGAUGUUAGUUUAAAACAUAUCAGCUUCGUGAAGGUUAUUUUAGAAGUUGUCAUACCACCUCUACAGUGAGUUGUUUAAUAUGAAAUUGUUCCAGAGAAGAUGUGUUGAUUAGAAGUAGCAGGUGUGGAAAUAUUCUUAAUGGUAUUUUUGGAGUGAACAAGAAAUUGGGGGGAAGGAAACUUGUUGUUGCAGGGGUACUGUUGGCAAAAAUUUUGAAUUUUCUUUUGCAUAACUUAGGAAAAAUACUAUAGAUUAAAACAUGGGUGAUAAAGAAGAGUUCUUAAUCUUUUUUCUGUUAUUCCCCUCAAAGAUGUUUCAUCUGGUUACAACCCUUCUUGGUUUUAAAGGUUCAUCUGCACUAAAUCUAUCUGUGCAUUUGCCAUGUUUAAGAAUGGCAGUUUGUGAACUAGUAUAAGGGUGAAAGGGACCUGGUAAAUCUUGUCUGUCCACCUCUUAUCUUAACUUCAGUCUCAUUCUGUGUGCCCUUUAUUGCAGUGUCCUCAAAUGUGGGGCUAGGCCAUAACUCCAUGCAUUGGUUCAGGAAGGAUUUAAGGCUUCAUGAUAAUCCUUCACUUCGUGAAUCCCUUAUGAACUGUAGAACUUUCCGUGCUGUUUACAUACUUGACCCGGUCAGUGCCAAAGCAGCCAGUGUUUCUGCUAACCGCUGGAAAUUUCUCUUGGACUGUUUAAUUGACCUUGACAAGAGUCUGCGCAAGUGUGGGUCAAGACUGCAUGUUAUUCGAGGCCAGCCAACUUAUGUUUUACCAAAGCUCUUUCAAGAAUGGAAUAUUUCAAAGCUGACUUAUGAAUGUGAGACUGAGCCAUUUGGGCAGCGACGAGAUGUUGCUGUAGCUGUUCUUGGUGAAGAGCAUGGAGUGGAAGUCAUUUCUAAACCAUCCCAUACUUUAUAUGACCCUGAAAAAACCAUUGCCUUCAACAAUGGAGAGGCACCUCUCUUGAUCAAGACUUUUGAGAAUGUACUAAGGCAGAUGGGUCCUCCAGAAAAGCCUGUUGAAGCAGUUAACAGGGAGAUGUUUAAGGGUUGUAUCUGUCCUGUAACAGCAGAUCACACUGGGAGAUUUGGUGUUCCAGAACUAGGUGAGCUCGGAUUCAAUGAUGAUGACAUCACAGUAGGUGACCUCUGGGUGGGUGGAGAACAGGAGGCCCUCAGGAGACUAGCAGAACUUGAAGAAAAGGUGAGUCCCAAAAAGAUUUUAUUUGAAGAACUUAAAGUGCAACUAAACCCAGAAAAUGUUUUUGUUUAUCAAUAUCUCCCUAUUGUUCUGAUAACUUGUGCGAAACAGUCUUUGUCGUAGGGCCUUUCCUUUUAUUUGAAAUAAAUUUUUAAAGUUUCAAAUUUUGGCAGUUCUUGUGGCUGCGAAGAAUGGGUCCGAGCUUACUGUGACAUCAGUGAAGGAGAUUAAGAUGGAAUCCAUCAGGAAACUGAUAAAUUGAAAUUUUCAGUGGACAAAAACCUUGAACCAGAAUAUUUUAAUCCAUAUCGCAUUCUUUUUUAGCACUUUUCAAGGGCUAUAGAUAUAAUUAAUUACCUGCAAUAACAACAAAAACAGUUUCUUAUGGGAGCCCGAGACAAUAAAUUUCAAAGUUCACAGGAAUUGAGAAAGCAAAGGUAAAAUUGGGUGCAGCAUGCUUGAAAUUAUUCUGGUACAAGGUUCUCGUCCACUGAAAAUUGCAGUUUCUCAAUUUCCUGAUGGAUUCUGUCUUUAUUUCUGGUGAGCAAAACAAACUUCACUUGAAUUGUAUGCAUGCCUGUAUUGUGUUUCGUUGUAAUAAUACGGCCCAUCCCUAAAGAGGUUUCAGGCUCCAUAAAAUCCGAUUCCAGGGUGAUGAACUUGCUGAGUGUAUCAAGAGAAGAAAGAUGUGGCUCAGAUAGAACACUUCUUCCCUUUUUUGCCUGCCAGCCUCACACUUCUGAGUAUGAAAUGCUCCACAAAAGGUUGGCAAUGGGACUUAAGAGACGAAACUUAAAACAGCGGUGGAAACACGGGGACUUCAUCAAUCACCGUAAUUUUUGGUACAAGUCAUCAGGAUGAUACAAGGUUUUUUUACUCAAAACAUUUUGGGGGUUACUUGCACUUAAACAACAUCUCAGGCACCUUCAAAGACUCUUAACAGGUGUUUCCCCACAUAGUGAAUUGAUAGUAUGAAAUUAAUAGUUGAGCUUGCAUUUGCUGUUUUUAAUUUUUAAGGUUCUCUUUGGAAGUAAACCAAAAGAAGGGAUAGAUGCUCUGCUGCCCUCUAACACACAGCUUAGUCCUUACCUUCGCUUUGGAUGUCUGUCUCCACGGCUUUUUCACAUGCGGCUGACCAAAGCGUACAUUCAGGUAGGUUUCAUAGCUGUCAUAUACGUGAAUUAUUACUUUAGGCAUUACAUACAGUUAAAGCUCAGUUCCUGGGUGGACACCUUUUGUCUUGAGCAUGCGGCUUAUUGGAAUGAUCCUUGCAAGUAGCAGCUAUUAGCAGCAUAAGUGUUAGUGAUAGGUGAAUUUUUAUGGGGCAUGUGCUGCUCACAGUUAACACUGUUCUUGCCAGUAAAAGAAUACCACUGUUUCAUGCUAAAUCAUUGUUUUAUUGUUGGGUUUUUUCCAAGGCAGCUGCAAGUAGGGCUGUCAUAAUGCAAGAGUGUCUGUUAGGAGACUGCUUUGUUUGUUUACAUAAAAUCAGGAUUUAACUCAUCCUAACAGGAUCAUUUCUUUCUGGUAGAGAUCUGUACAGUUAUUGCUAGCUUAAACCUAAACAAAGAAAAUGGUACACACCCCUUGCCUGCCUUGAGGACUAUGAGUGUGUCAUGUGCUUGAAUGUGUGGAGUUAUAAUGGUGUGAAACAGACCACUGGGUUAUGGGAAUGUAAAACCAAUUGAUGGUGUGAUUGCAUUGUGUUUUACAGGUGAAAUGCCAGCCACCACCACUGUCCCUCUACAGACAGUUGGUGUGGAGAGAAUUUUUCUUCACUCUUGCUACUCAGAAUCCGCAUAUGGAUCGAACAGUUAAUAACCCUCUUGCACUCAAUAUUAAUUGGGAAGAAAACGAGGAAGCACUUGAUGCUUGGAAAAAGGUACUAAGAGCCUUUUAAAUGGCUGAAUUUUAACUGUGCAAUUCAAAGAAACCUGUGAACACCAACCAACCACAAUAGAGACCUUUUUUUCUAAGAUGAGUUAAUAAAAUGUGGUUGCCGUCGUCAUUUUACUACAAGUCUUAGCGCGAAUGUCGUGGUGGCGAAAACAAGAUAUCAAAUGUUAGAAGUUUUAUCAUUUUAAGGUCGGGAGAGGGUUUGACCUUCGUCACUUAAGAUAACAGUGCUAACUUUUGUAGAGGAAAAUGGUAAAAUGAAGCUUUCCAGGAUUAUUUUGAGAAUACGGGAAAAAACGUUAAGUCAAAUCUCGUACUCGUAGUUCUCCUCGUCCUCGAAUCUAAGGGUCUCUAAUAAGGUUCAGGACACACAAGCUGUUUGUGGUUUAGUCUUCUCAUGCGUGUUUGACCUUGUAUAACAAUAAAAUUCUGGUUGCCAGGUAUACACAGAUAGUAAGUGGGGAAUUGAAAACUGCUACAUGUAGAAGGAUUUUUAUUUUGGUUCUAUUUUCCUUUUGUCUCCCAUGAAAGUAGCUGCGGGUCCUGCUCAUAGCAACCGAGGGAAAAAUCCCUGGUCCCUCAAUGGGGUGUAAUAUCAGGUAUUAUUUUAUUAUGUUUUAGGGGCAAACUGGCUUUCCAUGGAUUGAUGCUGUGAUGCGGCAACUUCGAACUGAAGGGUGGAUUCACCAUGUGGCUCAGCAGGUAGUGGGCUGUUUCUUGACCAGAGGAUGUCUGUGGUUGAGCUGGGAAGAAGGUUUCAAAGUAAGUGCAUGUAAUAAACUCUUUCUAAAGUGAACACCCUUACUAAACAGUUUGAUUAUCCAUUCAUACCGAUUUCCACAAGUCAGAGCAAUCUUCUCGGUAUCCUAGGAAAGAUGUGACUAAUCACUUGACUUUUGUUUGUUUGUUGAUAAUUGAAGUGUCAUCAAAAUUUUCGGUGUUUCAGUGUUAACAUUGAGCUCACAGACUAAGUACACCGUGAUAGUAUGUAGGGGGUACAUAUUUUUUGUAAGGCUCCUGGGACUGAACAUAAGAGUUUCAACUGUUACUUUAUGGUGUUGCAAAUUCUCUAACACAGAUUUUCUGGGAAGAGCAGUUAGCACUUAAUUCAGUUUCAUUUAAGAAAACCUGAUACUUAGGUCAAAAUUUAUGGAAUUGAGCAUUUUAAGCUUAUUGUUGUUAAAACGCAUGAAGUGGCUUAAAAGGUUUUAACUUUUAACUACAUUGUUCUUGGUUAAGACAUAGGAGAAUUAUCUACUUGCCAUCAUAACAAUACCUUAGACAGGCAAUGUGCAUGUGGGAUCAAUUUAAGGUUUUUGAGAGUGAUAAUAGCUCAGGGCUGUUAGAGAUAUUCACGUGAUUGAACUUGAAUGCAUAGAAAUUUAUCCAGACUUAUUUAUUGUUGUGAUACUGUAAUAUUGAAGUUUAUGAAACAUGUUGACUGUGUGACUCACCCUUACGUUGUCUUGCUUUAGUUGUUUGAGGAGCUACAGUUGGACUCGGAGUGGAGCUUAAAUGCUGGCAAUUGGUUGUGGGUGUCUUGCUGUGCAUUUUGUCAUGGGCAAAUUCCAUGGUACUGUCCAGUUAAUGUUGGCAGAAAGGUGGACCCAUCAGGAAAUUUCAUCAGGUACUUAAACAAGCAGCAUUUUCAAUAUUGUAUGUAAGGUCUUCUUGAACAAGGCAAUUUUUCAUGCAGCUCGUGGCACAAUUUUGGUAUGACACAAGGUGCUUAAAUAAUUGCACAGUCCUAAAAAAUGAACAUGGACUUCUCCCAAUGUUUCUGGUACCGCAGCAGGCGUUGCACAAACUAGACUAAAAUUUGUGUUUAAUAAGAGUUCUUUUUCAACUAUUAUUUCAGGCGAUAUGUUCCCGAGCUAAAUGCCAUGCCCACGAAGUACAUCCACGAGCCGUGGCUUGCGCCCAUAGCAAUACAGAAGGCUAGUAACUGUGUUAUUGGUCAAGAUUACCCUGAACGCCUUUGUGAUCACAUUGAGAGACGCAAAAUCUGUCUUGAAAGGCUUAAAGAAGUGUGCCAGCAGAUGAAGGGUGCAAAGCAAUCUCCCAACAGAAUUGCUUUAGAUUAAUGAUAUUUCUAUUGUGAAGAUAGAGUUACCACACAAGACCUAAUAUUCCAUGUGGUGAUAAAUACCACACUAAUCCUAGGACUAUCCAACCCACCGGGGGAUGGGAUAGAAUUUUCAUGCAAAAAUCCAUAGUAUUGUCGAAUGCAAGACAACAGAUGGUACUGUAACUGAUUUGUGCAACAUACAGUCAACUCCUAGAAUGAAACGCGACUGAAGAAAGCAGCAGGUUGUGUUUCUGGGUCCCAGAAAUGUGUGUGUAUCUCCUCUGUGUAUAAAUACUAACCAAUAAUCUUUAGACAGCCACAAAACUAAGCUAGCCAGGGACUCACAUCAACAGCGCAGUUGUGGAGUUUCUAAGGUUAUUGCAGAUGUUUUUCUUUUCUUUUUUCAUUUUUUCGCUUUAUCUGUUUACUUAUAAUUAAUUUUUACCUACUGUUAUCGCAGCUUAGGAGGUCUUCUUUUGGAGACGGUCUCUGUUCCCGUCUUUGAGUGCAGAGCUAGUUUCAUAUCGUAAAUCUAUGUUAAGUGCCAGGCCAAGUGCCAGUAAUCAGCAACGUUGUUAUCUUAACAUUGUUAAGGUAGCCUAAUCUGUUUCUGUCCUUAAGAAAAGGUAUUAUUCAUCAAGGGCAAAAAAUACAUAUAUAUUAUGUCGGAGUAUUAGGAGCGGGUAUACUACAGUACAGUACUAACUACAGUAAACACCCGCUAACUACAGUAACCCGUACUAACUACAGUAAACACCCGCUAAUAAGAACCUACCAUUUUUAAGUCUGCCAAAAUAAGUUCCUAUAUUUUGGGGCACUUACUGGCAAUUUAUGUUAAGCAGGUUUGUAAUUUCUAUGAAGGCGAUAAUAGAUUGUUGAUUACCAGAAAAAUAAGAAAACUUUUUAUUUAUUCACAAUUUUAUUAUUAUAACGCUAACAAAACUGAUUACCACGUUUAUAUACUGUUUAGUACAGGAUGUUCUUGUUAUACUUAAAUUUACAACUCAAAGUUACACUCCUUGGUUAAAUUGUUCAUCACAAUAACCCACAUAUAAGAGCCUGCUUGAUCUUGGCUAAACAGGUUUCUGUAUUUUUGGGUAUUAAAGUGGCAAGUUUCUACCAGGAUAGCUAUAAGACAAUAUAUAUUUCCUUUCAAGGAAGUAGAGAGCGUGACAUGUGACGCUUCGUUUCUUGAGGAAAACUAACCUUAUUUAUCCUAGCUUCGGUAAAGUUACCGUUUGUGAUAGGCUUUUGCUGGCGACUUGGUUUCUGGAACAGUGGGAGGACAGUUGGUUGUAAAUAAAAAAAUGACGGUUACCCAAGUCAGCUUACCAGACUCGACAGAUGGAUGACCGCUGUGGAAAUGUCUUUCUUAAGACUGCAAGCAGGCUCUUUUUUUCUUAAAAGUCAAAGGUUGAGCAAGAAAAAAGUGUAUUGCGGGCGAGCGCUAUCACAGUGAGUACCAAUUCCGAUCCGGGAAAAAUGCUUUCUUAGGCUGGCUCUCUGACUGCUGUUUUCUUUUCGCGCUCCACUGUCGCCUGUGCUAUCCAUUUACCUUCAAAGAAAAAUAGUAGACUGGUGGCGGUGUAAAUUCAUUGAGGGUAUUAUAGGCAUUUUGUCGCUGUUAGACCUGAGAUGUGUCUAAUUCGCAAAACACGAGAAUCGAGGAUACCUCUCUUGGAUAUGAAAGUUGUAGUAUAGCUGUAAAUAGUCAACGUGUGGCAAGUUCGAAAUUUUUUUCUGGAGUUGUCAGUAUCGUUUCCUAACCAAAAGGAAUGUAGUACAAGGGCGGGUUUUAGACGGAGUUGUAGAUAGUAAUUUAAAAGUACAUUAAUAAGAGAGACAGUGACACAUAAGCUUUGGUGUCGAUCGGUUUAGCAAAACUUAUUUAUCCAUCAAUACCCAAGAGCAAUGAAUGUUAGGGAAACAGUAUCUUGUACUUUGUGCCGUUUUCAUGGAAAUAAAAGAAGGAAAGUAAUGUGUUAGUCUGCGUAAUUGAUACAAACUUCGUAGGCUUUCAUUUCGUUGGGAACAGGGUUGUGGAUGGAGAAAUCUCUUGACGUUAAUAUCGAAAAAGAAACCAAAAAAUUAAUUGAUUUAACAAUUAGGUGAUCUCGAAGACAUGAAGUUGAAAAGUUAAUGGUACAAGCGCUACCGUUGUCAAUCUUUCUCGGCGAUUGAGGGACAGUUAAUAACAACGGAAUACGUACGUCACUUAUGGGACCAAGCUGCCCGCGGAUUCUCUCUUGUUGCCCUUGUAAGCUUUGCAACGAUUAUGUUAAGCGAUUGCGACGAUCAUAUGGAAAAGCCCGAUCGUAGCGAUUGUAGCACCAUUGUUGCGGCGAAGUUCGCUCCAAUGCCUUGAUCGUUAACCAGCGAUCAAGCGGCCCUUCUUCCCUUAUCUUUUCUUUGGGGGCACCGUCCGCCGACCAGAAGGAAAAGAAACGCUAGAUCUAAAGUCAACGAUAGUGCAUCAGUCAAUUCCAGCUGCGCUUCCUCCCCCGGUGCAACUGCGGUUAUGUGUUUCUGCCAGAAACUCAUAAGGGUUCAAUCUGCCACAACAUAAUUAAACUAUGCGCCGAUUACAACAGACACUACAGUGUCUACUAUAACACUUAAACUUGUGAACAGGCUCUCCGUUUGGGAGAAGGGGGCAAAAAGGCGGGGUAAAACUGAUGGACAAGGGGAAGUGCGGAAAAGAGGGGGAUCCAUGCCCUCCUAAGGAGCCUGGUUUCAUCCUAUGUACGUUAAGCUCAACUAGCUACCGCGACCUUGUACAUGAAAAACAGACUUCUUGUCUGAAUUGAAGGGUUAAGUUUAAAAAUCUCUAACCGAUUCUUCCUUAGUUUUCCUCAUGUCUAGCCUCCCACGCAGGCGUUUUGAGGGGAGCUCGUAUUUCGUUCCUUCCCACAGAAUAGGAGCUCCCCUUAAAAAAAAGCCUGUCUUGGUGUCGUCACGCAACGGGGCAGGAGCGUUAUUCUAGUUCACAGAACGCUCUUUCUUGCGCUAAUUGGCCAUUGCUGCCCCUAAAAGGAAUUGCUACCCUCAAGUUAAGGCUGGUUCCCACCGAUUCCCAUCUGAGCGAUUGCGACGAUCAUAUGGAAAAACCCGCACGUAGCGAUUGCAGCACGAGCGAAGUUCGCUUCAAUGUCACGAUCGUUAACCAGCGAUCAGGCGGCCCUUUUCCCUUAUCUUAUCUUUUCUUUGGGGGCACCGUCCGCCGACCAGAAGAAAAGGAAACGCUAGAUCUCAGGUCAACGAUAAGCGAUCCUUUCUGUUAUAUAAGAAAUGUUAUAUAAUAAUACAUGCCCUGCCUAAACACAGCUCCGCACUCGCAGAGACGAAAAAAUAUUGUGUAGGAUCUGAACAGGAGUUUUUUUCGGCGGUGCGAGUCUUAGUGUUUCGGAUUGGUGCGAUAACCAAAUGACGUAAUGCAAAUGACUGACACUUAAACUGACUUAAUCGACCGUACAACCAGGUACAACUGCUGCGAAGGUUUUGGCGACACCAGGAGACAGUCGUGUUCAUCAGUUAGGUGGGUGAUUUACCUAGACUGUAAACCAGGUGGCAGGCUGGGUGGAUGAGGAACUGUACUUUUCAGUCAUUCUUUGGAAAAUCCGAGAGGGUCCGAGAGGCCCCAUCACACACAACAAGUCUCUUGUGGUAGAACAGCAUCAAAAAGGCCUCUGAAACCAAUAGACCUUUCCACGGUUUUUUUCAACUUUUGACAUGUAGAUGUUAGGGAAAAUCCGUCGACACCAUUGCAAAGAGCGUCUUAAAAUUAGUACAAUUGCCAAGUUUGAGAGUAAUUUGUUGAAAUUUAACGGAGAUAGAGCUCCUGAGUUGCGAAAUUUUUCAGACGUUUUGUCGGGAUGGUCACUGAUUGGUUGGGGGGCAAGUUUGGGGGCACAAUUUUCGCAACCUUUGCGGAGCUAUAUCUUUCGUUUAGGUUUAGCAACACUUAUUUAUCCAUCAAUACCAGAAGCCGUCAAUACCCAAGCGCAAUGAAUAUUAGGGAAACAGUAUCUUGUACUUGGUGCCGUUUUUAUGGAAAUAAAAGAAGGAAAGUAAUGUGUUAGUCUGCUUAAGUGAUACAAACUUCGUAGGCUUGCACUUCGUUGGGAACAGGGUUGUGGAUGGAGAAAUCUCUCGCCGUUAAUAUCGAAAAAGAAACAAAAAACUUAAUUGAUUUAACAAUUAGGUGAUCUCGAAAAGAUGAAAUUGAAAAGUUAAUGGUUCAAGCGCUACCCUUGUCAAUCUUUCUUGGCGAUCGAGGGACAGUAUAAAUACUUAUGUCACUUAACAGGGGCACCCAACGAGAAUAUAGUUCAAAACCACUUAAACAUAGCAUUGUUGAACGUAUUUUAGUAUUUAAACGGUAGAUAUAGGCAUAUUUUUGUGCCCUAAAAAUUUUUCAUCUAUUCGGGUUUCCUAGCCUGAAAGUCUAGUGAUCCGAAAAUUAUAGGGAUCAAAACUUACCUUUUCGAAAAUUUCAGCCAGAAAAAAGGCUCCCAUAAAUUCUAUGUGACCUUUUUAAGGUAAAAAUCCGUAAAAAAUGGGCAAUUAUAUCAUUUGGGGGGGUUCGAAAAUCCUAGGAGAGGCGGGCAAGCAAGAAAUUUAACAACAAAUGUUCCGAAAAUUCUAUAUCUCAAAUCGUCUUCCGAACAGAUAUUUUCCAAAAGUUGUCGUUGGGUGCCCCUGACUUAUGGAACCAAGUUGCCCACAGUUUGUGUCUCGUUCUUCUUGCAAGCUUUGUAACGAUUUUCUUCGAUAUCUCCUGGCGCAAUAAAAACCUGCCACUAGGACUCCGAAGAUGGCCACUUCAUCGUUUCGAUGUUACUACUUAAACGGCACUUGCUAGUACAGUAACUGCAGCAGCUGUAACUUGAACACUAACUACAACCAGAAACCCAUAAGGGUUCAAUCUGCCACAACAUAAUUAAACUACACUACAACCAGCUAUACGCCGGUUACUACAGACACUACAAUGUCUACUAUGAAACUUAAACGUAGCCUGUGAACAGGCUCUCCAUUGGGGGGAAGGGGGCAAGAAGGUGGGGUAAAACUGAAUGGAAAAGGGGAAGUGCGGAAAAGAGGGGGAUCUACCGAUCUUUUUCCUGUCACUCGACUUUCCUUGCCCGCCGAAGGAGCCUGGUCUAAUCCUAUGUACGGUAAGCUCAACUGACUACCGCGACCUUGUACAUAAAAAACAGACUUCUUGUCUGUCUAAAAAUCUCUAACCGAUUCUCCCUGAGUUUUUCCCAUGUUUAGCCUACCACGCAGGCGUUUUUUAAGGGAGCUCGUAUUUCGUUCCUUCCCACAGAAUAGUAGCUCCCCUUAAAAAAAAGCCGCUCUUGGUGUCGUCACGCAACGGGGGAGGAGCGUUAUUCUAGUUCACAGAACGCUCUUUCUUGCGCUAAUUGGCCAUUGCUGCCCCUAAAAGGAAUUGCUACUCUCUAGUUAAGGCUGGUUCCCAUCUGAUCGCUAAAAAAAGAAGUUAAGCGAUUGCGACGAUCAUAUGAAAAAACCCGAACGUAGCGAUUGUAGCACCGUUGUUGCGGCGAAGUCUCGCAUGUUUUCAGGCUCGUGAUGUUAUAUAAGAAAUGUUAUAUAAUAAUACAACAAGUGUUGUUUAACUAAGGUGCAAUCCAUGCCCUGCCUAAACACAGCUCAGCACUCGCACAGACGAAAACCUAUUGUGUAGGAUCUGAACAGGGGUUUUUUUCGGCAGUGUCUUUAGUAUUUCGGAUUCGUGCGAUGACCAAAUGACGUAAUGCAAAAGACUGAGAAGAACAAGACAACAACUGCUACAAAGGUUUUGGCAACAGCAAGAGACAGUCGUGUUCAUCAGUAAGGUGGGUGAUUUACUUAGACUCACUGUUAGACUGUAAACAAGGUUUUUUCAAGUCAUUCUUUGGAAAAUCCGAGAGGGUCCGAGAGGCCCCAUCACACACAACGAGUCUCUUGGGGUAGAACAGCAUCAAAAAGGCCUCUGAAAUCAAUAGACUUUUCCACGGUUUUUUUCAACUUUUGACAUGUGCAAGAUGGGGAAAAUCCGUCGACGCCAUUGCAAAGAGCGUCUUAAAAUUAUUACAAUUGCUAAGUUUGAAAGUAAUUUGUUGAAAGCUUACGGAGAUAGAGCUCCUCGAAGUUGCGAAAUUUUUCAGACGUUUUGUCGGGAUGGUCACUGAUGUUGGGGGGCAAGUUUGGGGGCACAAUUUUCCCAAAUAUAUCUUGGCUCGCGUAAGACGUAUACAAACUACGUGUCACUUACAGCACUUAUAUUUGGCAAUGUUACCAAUUUGAAGGCGCUUUUUCCAUUAUGGUGUCGACCGAUUUUCCCUAACUGGUCCGUGUCAAAAAUUGAAAAAACCGUGUUCCGACAACGAACACCGCGCUCUACUAUCUGAACGCCUGGGACAGGCUAUGGAAGGGUCGAUUGAAACAGGUCAUGAUAUCCUUCCCUGCUAGCAGGGAAAAUAUAUUCAGAUACAGUUUUCAAUAUAGGUUCAGAUUUGCCAGUCGACCAAUGCGACGCAACUUUUAAUUCAUUUUUAGCUCAUGGAUGACGUAGAGGCAGUCGAAUGGCACUCGAUCACUCACUGUCAUUAAUUUAUUCAUUAAACUCGGGAUUAAAGAUUCGACUCCUACCUCCCCUACUAUGUAUUGCUUUUGUUCCAAGUGCUUCAUGCGCAUAUGUUUUUGGCAGACUCUAGCGAGUACUAGAAAGGCUUACAUUUUUGCCCAAUAACAUAGAGUAGAUGAUGGGUUUUCGUGACAAUAGUCUGAAAUGUCAUAUGUCUCCACCUCCUACCCAGUAGGGGGUGCGGGGGAGAGAGACUAUCGCGUAAUCGCGGCUUGAAGAUGGGAUUUCUUUCUGUAGUCUUUCAGUGAAAAGCUAAUAAGCCAAAGAAUCCUAGCUGUGGAAAAUGGAUCGCGAAUUGUUGAAGCGACGUUAAGUAAUAUCUAUGUUAUUGCCAACGACCGAGCAAGCCGAGCGAAGAGGGUCGGCUUGCGAGGCGGCCAGUUUAAUGCCACGCGGAAGUAUUGCAGCAGACAAAAAAAAUUUUCGACCGUGCUAGCGUUAGAUUUCACGUGUAGUUUUCACGUGACUUUUGAUGACCUCACGCGAAGGCAGAAAAAUUCUCGAUCUUAUUGUGAAAAGUGUAUGGAGAUUUUAGUAGCGUUAAAUUUCACGUGUAGUUUCACGUGACUUUUGAUGACCUUUGUUAUAAUUAUAAACAAACCUUCAAAGUUCGGACAUUGUUCUCUGUCUAGCCUAGACUGGGAGCAGUCUCUCUUUUUCUUCAGAUUUACUGAGGGGAGUGAGCGCGAGCGCGAGUGUCGAGCGACGAAGCCGCGAGAGGCGAGAAACGAGGGCGGCUGCCUCUCCAAUCUCGCGUCUUUAGUCAGGCGCGUGGUCAUUUGCGUAUCUCGCACGUUUUGCUCGACGGACCAAGAAAAAAGACAGACUGCUCGUAGUCUAUGCCCAGCCUGUUCACAGACCCUCUAUCUUUGCGUUGCGCAAAGUUCUGUUUAGGCAGGAGCCCAUAACGGGCUCCUGGUUUAGGACGUUAAGGAAAAAGUAGACGCUCUCCAAAUAUUAGUAAGUGGUGGCAAAUAAAAAGCCUAUCUUUCCUUCCUUCGAACAGACUUCAGCUGAGACCUCAGUUCACAUUUGGCGGAAUGCAGAUAGUGUACCUCCAGUGACACUGAGAAAUUUACAAACAGCUUUGUUUUUCGGUACCAGGGCUAUAUGUAGUUUACCCGGGGGGAGGGGUACUUCCUUAUAAGAGGCUAAUGGGGAUGUGCCGCUGGAUGGGGUCGCAUUUUCACGACUGGAUUGCCUAUAAUGGGGUCGCACAUUUUCUGAUUUUUGGGGUAAGACAGUUCUUCAUAUUUACGGUUAGCAAACGUACCAGAAUGUUUGUACUGUAGGUGAAAAGUAAAGUGUUAGGUAGAUACAUUUUUGAAAGUGACUAAGUUGGGAUCGCGAAAAUUACGUUUUUGCCCAAAAGUGACUAAGAUGGGAUCUAUAAUUGGCCACAGAAUAGACUAUAAUGGUGUAGGGGCUCCGAGAGGCCAGGGGCACGUACCCAGCAAAAAUUAACCCAAGUACCCCCCGGGGUAGUUCAUAUACACUCUUUUUUUUAUAAGAAUAUAUUUUAUAAGAGUUUCGAGGCUGAAGUUUGCGAAAUUUUAAGAAUAUUUUAAGAAUAAAGCCGAGGCUGAGAUUUUGAAAAGGAUCGAUAUAAUUUUGUGUGUUGAAACAUCUGUAAAUACAAUACAAUUUUAUGUUUUUAACUUAACCGUAUAAAAUUAUUCCAACUAGCUAACAAAACGAAAAAACCUGCACUAGCUAUAGCAAAAUGUUCAACGCUAAUGACAGUUCGACGAACGGUGCAUGUAAUACAUAUGUACAGUAUUCAGCACAAAAGACAUAAACUAAACCGCAAAAAAGUGUUAUGACAAAUUCUUUCCUUUUUAAAUAACAAAACCUAGCGAAAACAAAAACAGCACUAGGCUUUAUUUAAGAAUAAUUCAAGAAUAUUUUCAGCCUAAAAUCGGCAGAAAAAUAAGAAUAUUCAGCCUGGGCCGGAAAAACAACAUUCUUAUAAAAAAAAAGGGUGUAUAGAGGAUAAUAUAUGGCUGCGAGGAGAUACGAAAUUUUUCUUCUCGUGUUGAAAAAUAUUUCACUCUUUCGCUGGUUUUUCAACACGAGAAGAGAAUUUCGUAUCUUCAAGCGGCCAUGUAAUGUUCUAUUUAUUAUAUUUACACCAAUGAAAUGCCAAACCAUUUCACUUGAAUAUUUUUUUGCUGCCGAAAGGCGCUAUAUAUUAUGUACCCAUAGGAGGGGGACAUUGGGGGUACCCAGUGCCGCAAUACCGUGAAAAAUUGGCAAAUACCGAAAUACCGUGCCAAAAAUGGAUGAAAUACUGAAUACUAAUACAUUUAUACAGCUGUAUCCAUCUCGCGUGUUUGUUUACCUCAAGCAUGUAGGCACCAGAAAUCAAACUCAGACAUUGGGAGAAAACGUGAGAAGACCUUGAUCGGUAGAACGAUUGAAAUGCCCGGUUAUUGGAUGCCCUUCCAAUUUCGUCAUAGAUUGUGUAAUCAUUUACCAUUAAGUCUAAAGUCUUAAAAUAUUAACUUUUAUUAACCUGUUAACAUUAAUACUGUUGUUCGUGUUGAACAUUGUAUUGAACUGUAUUAGACAGGAGAGCGCAUAUAAAUGGUACCGCAAUACCGUGAAGGACCCCUCUAGUAUUUUCUCUUCAAAGUCCGUCGAGCGAGGGUGAUGAAAUAUAAACCGCAGGGGUUUUAUUGACCGCCAGCGCAAGGGGGUAGGGGUGGGGGAGGAAGAAAAUAUUUUCUUUCUCGCGCUCCACGCUCGUUCUCGCACACUCGCUUCGUUCGAAGAUGUUUUCGAAAAGAACGAAAAGAAAAAAAAAAUAACGUCUGUGUACAGGCUAGAUUGCUAUUUUAAUCAACACUACCAGCACCGCACCAAUCAGAAGCUGCAUUCGUGUGCAAACGCAGUUCUUCAAAAUCGUGGGGUUUGCGGGCAAGCGUUUCCUUGUCUCCCCCACUCCCCCGUCAUUCCUCUUUUUUUUGCUCUCGUCCCAUUUUUGUCGACGAACUCGCGCGGAAACGCUUUCUACACACGCUCGGCUCUGAGGAACAAAGGACGACCGCGUGCGGUCUAUUUUUUCACAUGUGAAAAUAACAUGACAUUUUCUGAAAUUUUCACGUGUAAAGAUAUCAUGUUUUCGCGUGAAAGCUCACCUGGUAUUUCUUUGGUAUUUAUGUAAUAAAUGUUAUUCAAUUUGUAUUAAAACCAAUGGCCGAUUUGAAAUAAGAGAGGAUCCCCGGUCCCCUACUCUCUGCUUUUAACACUAGGCGAGGAUUUGAGCUACUCACAGGAGCAAAGCAACAGGGUCAAGUUGCAUUAAAACCCAUGUCAUGUAAAUUCUUUAUUCCAAUACAAAAAUAGAGAGCAUCAGAAGUAAUCGGCUCCUGAGAGCAUAUAUAACGCAGGUUGAUUUCCCCCUGGUAUCACGCAUUACACGAGAGAAGUUCGCGUUUUACUCGUGUCCCUGUCUUUCCUUUUCCACACGAUAAACAUAUUUGAAAACCGAAAAAUACUGUGUGAAUGUGAGAAAGUUCAAGAUAAAGGUAAAACAGGAUUUUCGAACGAGCAUCCCCGUCUGAUAUUCAUAUAGGAGUAACGCCCUCAACCCCCCCCUCCCCUAACCCCACUACUUGGGAGGAACGCUUUGUUUUUUUACUUGCGCUGCGUGAUUUUGAACUCACGUUUUUUUAGCUCGGUGCGCAUUCUGGCUACAAAAACGAGACAAGCGGAUUUUCAUAUGACGAAGUUUUUCGGCCCGUUCUAAGCGUAGAUUCGUGGGGAUUACGGUGAGUUCGAUUCUAGAUAUUUUUUAUAAAAUACCUGCUACAUAAGAAUGAUGAAUACGCCAGAUGAAGAGAAAGAUAGAGAGAGAGCGAGCGAAUAGAGGGAACUUCUCUGUGAGCGACGAUAGCAGACAUGGCGACAAUAUUAAAAUUUAAGUUUUGUGUAAACCACGCGGCAAGAGUUCUAUUUUUUCUCUAAAUUUCUAUACAUGUUUACCAUACGAGACACCAUAUCUUAAAAUUGCAGAAGUUGGUAAAAAAUAUCAGUGUUGGUUCGUGUAUAUUCGCACGACGUAGCUUAUACAUGCCUGAUCAUGACAUGAUCUCUAAUUGAUUCAGUUCGCUGUUAAGCUUAAAGUGAGCCCAUCGUUGUGUUGCGUGUUUGAAAUUUUCAUAUUCAAAUAGCCAGCUUGAGAACAUUGUAAGGUGAAAAAAAUUUAACUUCGACUUGAUUGAUGGCAGAUCGUUCACUUUUAUACACAGACUUUGCCUUCGUUUUGUCAGCAACGAAGGGUAACAAAGAAAUUUUAUUUAGUGUCACUGCAGUUUUCGUUUGACGAAGGUUGGCUGGUACGUGCUCAUAUAGGAAAACAGAACAGAAAUCUACAAACAGGACUAUUAAUUUUGAUUGCUGUACAUAAUUUCUGUAUGAUAUUUUUGCUUGUAUAUUUAAACAUCAGGUAAUGAGAAAGUAAGGUAGUAAGGGAAUUUGAAUUCUGCCCUCAGUGCACCCUGUGGCUCCUCACCGACUGAGCUGUCAAGUUUUGGUCAAUCGGCUUGGAGUGGAAAUGAGUGUCAACUGUAAACAAACACUGGGUAGCUAGAAAAAGUACAUUGGAGAUAAAUUUCCCUCGAGCAAAUGAGCCUUGAAAGUACAGUUGCUGAGAAAUAAUUUCUUAGUGACUGUACUUUAGUAUUAACUGACCCUAAAUUGAAGGCAGUUCAGCAGUGUCUCAAGGCAUGUUUAUUCAAUAGUAUUCUAACUGACAAAUUGGCAAGAAAAUUUUUUUUGUUGACAUCACGGCUACAUUAUGACAAACAUUCCCACACAUCAAUUUUUAGUUAAAUUAACAUCAGCAAGACUCUAAUGUCUUCUGUUUUAGGAUGUGCUCAUCAGCAGCUCCUCUUUGCUACCUUGUGUACAGCUUUUGAGUGCUAGUUUUAACUAAUCAAGUUAAUAAGUUAAUAACUUUGACGUUGAAGUUAUCUUGCUUUGUGAGUUUAGCCCAUUCGACCCUGGAGAGUUUGCCGAAAACGUGUUUUGAAGCUAGUAAAGAGGUUUUCGGGUCACUGUCGUCCUAUUAUAAAGAGCUAAAACUUACCACAAAGCUGUCUGCAGGUCGUACACUUUGCGGCCUUCUGAUCCAGAUGCAAAAUAUCAGCUUGCGAAGUUCGGGCAUGCACAGAAAGCAAAAUUUCGAGUUUUUGGGUUUAAAAGUGACACAGCAAUCUUGACUUUUACUUUUUGCUUCCUAUCUCCUCCCCUCUUUUUUCGCUUUUGUUGCCUCAUUUUUUUUUCUAUUGCUGGGCGUUAUUUUAGUAGGCUUCAUUUUGGUGCGAAGGGUUUUUAGGAAAGCUUUUAGGAUCUUAGGAUUAGGUGAAAGGAAAGGUAGGUGGGUAGUGGAACGAGAUUUUCAUGGCAAUUUUCGGGUCAAUGUUACAUGGUUUUUUGCCUUUUACUCCGGUGUCCUUGACUGAAUUGUGCUCAUUCUGGUAUGGUUUGAAAGAUCUCUUCACUCUGCACACAUCAGCAGACAAAGUUGUCUUUGAACAUUAAAACUGAUGACGUCACAAGCGGUAGCAGGGACGUGGAUCUACACGGGCGGUUAUGGGCAGCUCAGGGGUGAAUGGGUUAAGAAGGUGGUUAUAGAUGUUGCCAAAACUAUGUAGGUGUCCAGGGGUGCUUACCAUUUAAUAGAAAAAUCCGGUUGGGGUGUCGAAAGCAUAAUGGUAAGCGAUUUACCAGGUUACCGCAGAAUUGCCACAUCUGUUACGGUUUGAAUCCAAAAAAGGGGGAAAUUUGUGUAGCGUGAGUCUGAAACCGAGAAGGAAACGGGAAAUUGGUUUAUGGUAAGCAUCAUUCCGUUUGGUUCGUACCAACCGGAAUGAAAGGACUACCUCAAAACGUAUUCCUCAACUUUCGGUUGGAAUUUCCGAAAAGUGACCUUACCAUUUACCUUCCGUCCGGAAUUUCCGAAAUUUUCUGUCAAAUGGUAAGCACCCCAGGUGUAAUUAUAUUGCAAGUACAGCUGUAUAUGUUACAGGUCAAAAUUAUAUCCAGGUUAAAAUUAUUUAACCUAGGUUGAUUCUCAGUUUCCUUUGUCUUCUAGCCCUAUAAUAAUUUAUUCAUGAAUAAGGGCAGGAGACAAGGAAAUUGAGAGUCAACCUAGGUUACAAAAUUUUAACCUGAAUUUAAUUUUGACCUGUAAUACACACAAAGGGCAUUCAUUAAAAACUAGACUUUGCAGAUUGCAUCUUAAAUAAAGUCAUUAUUAAUUUUAUAUUCACAAAAAUCUGAUGGAUCUGAUGUCUACUUUUUAUUUAUUUUAUCCAUUAUAUUGUUUCUUGCAAUUUUUUUUACUAUGUUGGCCUUUUUGUUUUCAUUUUUGCAGUUUUGUGAUAUGGCUAUGGAGAAGAAACCUACAGCACUUCAUUGGUUCCGUAAAAAUCUUCGCUUACAUGAUAACCCUGCGCUAUGUGAAGCAUUAAAAGGCUGUGACACUCUUUAUGCUUUGUACAUCCUUCCACCUUUCAUCCCAGAUGCAAAUAUUUCUGCAAACCGAUGGAAUUUUCUGAUUGAAUGCUUAGAAGACUUGGACAGUAGUCUAAAAAGCCUUGGUUCACAACUUCUUGUAGUACAAGGCUACCCAGCCCAAGUUAUUCCAAGCCUGUUGAAGAAUUUACAUGUCACCAAGUUAACAUUUGAAAGGGAAAGUGAGCCAUUUGGUAAACAGCGAGAUGCUGUCAUAACACAUCUUGCUGAAAGUGUGGGUGUGGAAGUAGUUUCAUGUACCUCUCACACACUGUACGAUGUUGAUCAAGUGACAGAGCUAAAUGGCAAUGAGACACCAGUGCAGUUUCAUGAAUUCCUUGAUGUUAUCUCUAAAAUUGGACCCCCAGAACACCCGGUAACGACAGUGAACCACGGCAUGCUUGCAUCUCUUUCAACUAAAGGAGUCCCAUUCCAGGACCAAAACAUACCUUCUGUAGAAGAUCUUGGGAUUGAGAAAUCCAAGGUUACGUGUAAGGAAGUAUGGCAUGGUGGAGAGGCAGAGGCAUUGAGAAAACUUGAUUCUUUGCUGAAAGAGGUUUGUAACCGUAAGGUGUAAUAUAAUUAUAUUAAUUUUAUAGUAAUAAUUUUAGUCAACUCAUACACUGCACUUUGGCUCUUUUCAUAGAAAUUGCUAUAUUUUAUUUCAUGUGUUUAAUUAUAGACAACUGCAUGGCUUAGAAAGGGGGUGGUACAGUGGAACCUUGAUUUAUGAAGUGCCCCAGGACUGGGGAAAUUUGUUUGUUACAUCAAGGGUUUGUUAUAUCAAAAACCUCAAUUAAACAAAUUUUAGGGAAAACAAACAAAAUGUUAUGGUAUCUUGGAGCUGUGCCAUCUCUAAUAAUUCUUUCGUUUACUCUUUAAUUUGCAGAUAGUUUACAGCGACUUUCACAGUGAUGGUGGAGCAAGCAAGCUGAGCCCUUAUCUUAGGUUUGGUUGCCUCUCUCCACGAACUUUGUACCAUUCUUUGGCAGAAACUUACCUAAAGGUAUGUCACUUUAUUUUUUUCUGACAAUGCUAUUUGAUCUUAUUUGUAAUGCUUUUUGUUGUAUGUUCUGUGGGUGCCACAUGGGUAUGAUUUAUAUGUGUUGAUGGAUAAGCACUGUAAGGUGGCCGAUAACAAGUUGACUUAGAUCAAAAUGUAAUUUCACUGUUCCAUUGAGAAUACCCAGAUGCAUGAGCAAUAAGGAACACAUAGAGUAACUAAAGAAAUGACCAUUAUACUCACUGGGCAUUAAUUUUGGGGGACACCAGUUGUUGAUUGACAUGGGUGUUGGCUUUCAUUAUGUGACCAUUUAAAGGCCUUUGUUCUCCUGACACUAGGAGGUGAAGCUCAGGCCAACAUCAAGGACUCAACACAGCAAUGCACUAGUACAGUGGCAGAACACUUUGGCCAGCUAUGUGCCACCCUGAGAAGAGUAUUGGCAGGUCACAAGAAAACUAGAAAGGGGCACCCAAUGACGGUUUCCCCCUAAGUACAUUGAAAACACUUUCCAGAGUAGUUCUACAUCUCUAGAAAUGCAUUCUAGGCAACGCUAUAAAUUUGUAUCUGUUUGGUCAUCCUAAGGGAACUUUUCGAGGCACAUGUUUUUGAGUUAAGAACAGUAUGGUCCUUAUGGUAGAUUAUUGUAUUUCAGUGCCUUUCUGUAUGGUUGUGAUCUCCAAAGUGGCACUUUGAGAAAGCAUUUACAUGUAAAAGGUAGUUAUUCUCCAUAGCCAUAUCCUUUUUCUAAAUCAUGUUGUUAUUUUUCCUUUUACUGUUGAUCUUUAGGUCAAGCACCAGGCUCCUCCCUUAUCACUUUUCAACUCACUGCUGCAGAGAGAUUUCUAUUUUACUCUCGGCAGCAACAAUCCCACCUUACACCAGAUGCAGAACAAUCCAGUCUGCUUACAAAUUAAGUGGAAAGAUGAUUCCAUGGCUGUGGAAAAAUGGAAAAUGGUAUGUAAAUGUUUACUGUGAUUAUGAAUGGAUUAUAGGCAAUGCCAUUUGCAUUUGUCAGGCAUUUCUCAAGUCAUGGUGUUCCCAUGUUUGCGAACUUGUCAUCAACUGCUGGGAUGUGGAAUUUGUCAUUGUUAAAUUUUGUCUUUUCUACGAUAACAUGGUGUCUUAUAAAAGGUACAUAAGCUUGGAAUUGGCUGAACUAUAACUGGCAAUUUUUCCGUUAGCUAAAAAUUAACUUAUAAUUUAAAUAAUGCUUGUAUCUUGACUUGAUUUUUCAUCAUGUUGUCCUGAUAGGGUAAAACAGGGUUUCCAUUCAUUGAUGCUAUAAUGCGUCAGUUGCGGCUGGAGGGAUGGAUUUCAGACAUUGCUCGUCAUGUUGUUGGUUCUUUUCUUACAAGAGGGUGUAUGUGGCUGAGCUGGGAGGAAGGCUUCAAGGUAACACUGGCAUAGAGCUAAAAACAAGACUUGUGUUCGGUUAAUAACAAGAGGCAGUCUUGUAUUUUAUUAAAGCACUGGGGGCACAAUGUUGCAUCAGGAGUUCUAUAGAAUUUGAACAAAGAGUCGUGGUAUGAUUCUGGUUUUGAUUAGAAGUAAUUUGAUUGUGUACAGCUGGUCAAGUUGAUUAAGAUCUUCUAUAAACCUUAACCAACAGAAAUAAUAAAAUUUUAUUUGAAUACUACGUGCUAGGAAAUGGGAAGCCAGUGAAGUUUCACUACAUGUAGAACUAUGGCCUUAUGAUAAUAAUUAUGAUCAAAUUUAUAAGUACCAGGUACCAAACGAGCUGCUGUAUUUUACGUGUAAAGUAUACUUGACCAUUCUAAUUUCACUUAUUCCAUUGCAAAAAUGUCAUUAGGGAGAUAUGGUCCUCUUUUUUAGUGUAACUCAAUUUAUUGAGUUCAUAUCUCCCGUGAGGAGUGAAAAUGAUGUGAAGUAUAUGAAAAUAAUUCAUUUUUGAACUGCGGUUGUAGAUGAAAGUGAAGAAUGAUCAUUGCAGUAAAUUUUCCAAUUGAAGCAAUUGGAAAGAAGAAGCCUGAAAAAAAUGAAAAAAAAAGGCUUCAGACAUGUAGCUCUUUCAGGCUUCUUCUUUCCAAUUGCUUAAAUUGGUACUGAUCAUUUAAUAUGUAUUAAAGUAUGGUCCUUUAUCCUGGUGUCAAGAAAACUAUAUAUAAUUUUCAGUCAGUUGUCACCACACUCACCACGUUCUGUUAGCAGUCAGGUGUGCAUAUGCACCGGGUAGAUCAGACAUGUGGCUCUUAAUCAAUCAGAUUGCUAAUAUAUUAUCGAUAACAUGAACAGAUCUUUGCCAACAUGUAAUAAUUGUGUUUCUAGGUGUUUGGAGAAAUGCAUCUAGAUGCAGAGUGGAGUCUCGAUGCUGGAAGUUGGCUGUCAUUUUCUGGAAGCAUUUUUGACCAACAAAAUUUGACUAUUCUCUGUCCUGUAGAGAGUGGGAAAAUGAUAGAUCCAACAGGAAAUUAUACAAGGUAAAUGGCUUAUGAAUUACGAUAAGUGAUCUAAUUGACGCCUCCUUUCAAUGAAAUGCCUCGUGUGUAAUAAACUCUCCCCACGACAAUUGCUUAAAAAUACUAAGAAAUAGUCAAACAGAGGAAAAUCAUUCAAUUUAUUCAUUUUCUUCGUUGAUCACGCAUACAAAGGGUUUGCUCAUUGUGUCUUGUUCAGUGUCAAGUUUGGAGUAAGGAUACGAUAACGAUGACAACACAGUGACCAUGAAGGAGGAUUCUGUCAUCGGAGAUGAGACUUGACUGAGAGCGAUAAGGAAUCCUCCAGACAGCAGCCUAGAUGUUUCAAUGAGUCGACUGGUUAUUCUCCUAUUUGUCAACUCUCUUGGUAUUUUCCCUGAAGGAGUAUUAUUAAUUUUGUUUUAGCUUGUUAAAGUUAUGAGAAUAAACGCCUCCUGUCUAUUAAAUGUCCCCUCUUGGACCCCUUAAUUUAAAUAAACGCCUUGGCAUCUAUUAGAUCAUUCACGGUAUGUAAACUUUCAUUGUCAUCUUUAGGGGGAAUGUCAGUUUCUUUUAGACAUAUUAUCAUUUAUCCCACAGAGAAGAAGGUGCAUGUAAAAAUUUUAAUUUUCAGCUCGGUAAAAGACUUUGUAAAUUGAAAAUAGAAAAAACCGGAACGAAUAACCUGUAUCUCAAAGCCUACUAUAGUGACCUCAAACAACUGUCUUUUAGGAAAUAUGUGCCCGAAGUGAGGGGCCUACCAAAUGAGUACGUAUUUGAGCCCUGGAAAGCCCCGCAGUCAGUGCAAAAAGCUGCAGCAUGUUUGGUGGGCAAGGAUUAUCCAUUACCACUGGCAGAUCACAGAGAGCAAAGGAGAGUAUGUUUGCAGAGGCUAAAAAAGCUUGCAAAGACAAUUGGCACCAGCAGAGCAGGUAAAUUAAAAUAGUCAAGUUUUUGCACUCCUAGUAAAAAGGUUGUACUACAAUGCCAAGACGCAAGCCCUUCCUAUCGGUCCCUGCAAGUAUGAUUUUGACUUAACUUUGAAUGGUUCUGGCGUUACUAAACUUCCCUCUAUCAGAAUAUUGGGCGUGGAACUUUAUAGCGUGUUAAAUUUUAUAGAGCAUAUUUCUAGUCGGCUAAAAAAGACGUAUGCGAAGACCGGCGCACAUAAGAGAAUUAGGCAUUUUGUACCUAUGGACGUUAUGCUAGCAUUAUACAAGUCUUUCAUUCUACCUCAUCUAGAACACUGUAGUCCCUUCCUGUUAUGGGUGGGGAAAGUCUAGGCCAAUAAAAUUGAAGACGCCAAUCAUUAUAUAUUAAGGACUCUGACAGGGCACGGGAAAUCAUUUUCCUACCAAGAACUCUUGAAUAUGUGUAAGUUGGACACUUGAGAGUGUAGGGAAAAGCAGCAAUCUCUAAUCCUAUUAUUUAAAUGCAUUAGGAAUAUAUGGCCGAAAUACAUUAAAGACUUUUUUAGCAUAAGAGAGACGUCUUAAACUUUAAGAGGAAGUGGUGUUAAUCUUUGCGUUCCCAAAUUUAAUCUUAAUUUUUAUGAGGAACUUUUUUACAUACAAGUGCGCUCAACUAUGGAACAAACUUCCAAAAGAUGUCAAGCUGGCUGAUAAUGUUAAUAUAUUUUUAAGUCUAAGCUAAGGUCAACUCAGCUGUAAUUUUUUACAUUUUUAAUUAAUUAAUUUUUUGGAAUUUUUAUGAUUUUUUUAUAUUCAUGUGUACAUAGAGUAUAGAUUUUAUGUGUAUAUAUUUUUAUUAUUAUUAUUACUUUUUUAACUCUAGAUUUUUAUUAUAACUGUAGUUUUAAUGUACGUGCGUAUUUUGAACAAGCACUUGUGCUUUUAGGCGUUUACGUGGGUUAGUAAAUUAUUGAUUGAUAUUGAUUGAUUGAUUGGUCUUGUGUUGUAGGGGUAACAUUUCUGGCAGGUAAAUUUUGGUGAGGAAAAUAACACAGAUUUGUGACGUAAGUGUUCUUACCAAAUAGUUUAACGACAACACGUGUCUUGUUUUCUGCAGUAGACGCAAGAGGACACACAAGUGUGCAUUUGUUUCGGAAAGACCUGCGGCUUCAUGACAACCCAACCUUACGUUCAUGUCUAGAGGGAAGCGGCACGUUUUACCCAGUGUAUAUAUUGGAUACUGAGGCAGCUAGGCAGAGCAAGAUUUCCGCCAACCGUUGGAACUUCUUGCUGGAAUGUCUGCAUAAUCUGGACAGUCAGCUAACACGGCUUGGAUCCCGUCUGUUUGUAGUGCGUGGCAGGGAUGUGGAGGUGCUUCCAAGGUUGCUUUCUGAGUGGGGAGUAUCGCGCCUCAGUUUUGAAACUGACAGCGAGCCUUUUGGUGCUCAGCGAGAUGCUGUUGUACGAAAAAUAGCAGAGGAUGCUGGAAUUGAAGUUUUGAGCAAAACAUCACACACACUGUAUGAGCCAGGCCAGACUUUACAUGCCAACGAGGGAGUUGUGCCCAUGCUGUUUGAGGAUUUUGUGAGAGUUGUAGAAGACAGUGAAAUCAAUGUACCCGGGCCAGUGGAAACAGUGGAUAAACAAUUGAUGGGUUCUUGUGAGACACCAAUAGGUAGUGAUCACCAUGUGAAAUUCGGAGUACCUGGAUUGAGUGAACUGGGAGUGAAGGACAGCCGUUUAGUAACAAGUUCAGUUCUGUGGAAAGGAGGAGAGCAGGAGGCACUGAGAAGACUUUCCCUGUUGGAAGGAGAGGUAUGAUAAAUAAUAAAUGUUAUUUUCUUCACGCUGAUAGGCAAAGCUAACUUGUUGUUGGUUGGUAAGGCUUAAGGUAACAAUUUAGUGUGGUUUCUUUUAUCCAGCUGGUGAAGAAUGACUUUGAAGAAGUGCCGUUAAAUGCAGCAUCUAUGGCAUCGUCUGGCACCCAUCUAAGCCCUUUUCUGCGAUUUGGAUGUUUGUCACCCAGAGUGAUGUGGCAACGACUAACAGAAACGUUUGGAAAGGUAGGUUGCAGCCUAGGUUGCUAUUUGCACGUAACUUGUAGUAACAGCUACUACGUAAUAUUUUGUUUAUUUAUUUAUUUAAUCGCUUUCACCAUGAUUGCAAUGCUAAAAUAACACUAGGAAAAAAUAUACAUUUGAACAAGUCACAAGAACGAGAGGCGAAGGUGCGGGACACACAACGGAGCGAGGCUCCAAAUUAAGUGUGCCCUUUAGUAAAAUACACAAAUACUAACUAUGUCAGUGUGCAAAGAAAGUCAUGUCCAAUAGCCUGUGGCUAGUGGAUUUUGGUAUUGGGCUAGUGAUUUUUGUUCUUAACUUGCCCGACGGGCAAGGGCUGUUUUUUGGGGAAAAUCAAAUUACAGAAGGAUUGUAAUCAGCCCUGCUAAUCAUAAAGGGUUUGGGGGCUAGUUGAAAUGACUUGUGGGCUAGUACAUGCUAGCUACAGCUUGCCCGAAUGGCAGGCUAUAAAACUGAAUUUCUUUGCACCCUGAACUAUGUAAACAUUAAAACAUUGUAAGAAAUAUAAAAAUCGUAUUUCCAAAAACGAUAAGAACGAAUCCCUCCCGCAGCCGAUAAAAAGUCUCAGUAGCAGCAGUUACCUGCUAAUAGAAGAUUACGUGACCUACUGCAUUUGCAGCAGAUCGUCUUCCGGGUGUUAAAGUUAGUGACGUCAUUGGUUGUACGAAAAGCAGCAGAAUAGGCGCUUUGCGGGUUUCCAUUCACGUGGUACAAAACCGGCAUACUGGGACGCAAACGUCAUGCUAGGACAAGACAAACAAUGGAAAUUACCAUUUAAAAAUUAAUUAUGCAUGCCUUUUGUUGGUCUUGCCCCAAUGCGACUUUUCCUUCCCAAUAUUCCAGUUUUGUACCACGUGGAUGGAAACCUGCAAAGGGCUAAUGAUAGCGUUGGAGUACAUGAGAUUUAAACUGAUUAAGAGAAGUAAGCGUACAAGUGGAUUCAGUUAACAUAUUCCAUAGUUAAGCAAUACGGAUAAAGUAACUAAAUUGAAAGAGCUUAAUGUGGCACUUGGGAAUUAGUACGUCUUGAUCAAAGCUGCGGCGAGUGAGACGAGUGCCUUUAGGCUUGACGAAAUCAUCCAUGGGUAAGGUGAAGUGGUCAGCGCGACAGUUGCAGUAAAAAAUUAAGUCUUUCACUUCAUGCCAGCUGGACAAUAAUCAGAGAAUUUGUUCCUAGGAAUGAUCCUUGUCACUUGCCUGCAUUGUUGUGAACUUGAGAUUGUGUGUGGAAUGUUGUGGCGAUACCUAAAGAGUUCCUAUCAAGCACAAACACUUUUCUUGUUUUUUUUUUUUCUUUUUUUAACAGGUAAAGGGAAAAAUGCCUCCAACGUCAUUUUGUCGAUCCCUGCUUCUCCGAGAGUUCUUCUUUUUGAUGGCUGCUAGUAAUCCUGGCUUGCAUAAGAUGGAGAACAACCCUCUCAGUGUUCAGUUUCCGUGGGAAGAAAAUGCUGAAGGGCUUGAGAGAUGGAAGCAGGUAGGAUUCAUUUGGUUUACAUUCCCACCGCUGUAUUUUUAGGUGAAGAAGAUUAUGCAAGUGAAGGAUAAUUAUCAAUGAUAUGUGUUGUUGUUAUAUUGUUCAUCAGGGUUGUACUGGAUUUCCUUGGAUUGAUGCAGUAAUGCGGCAGCUUCGUAUAGAAGGAUGGAUUCCUCAUGUGGCCCGUCUAGCCGUUGGAUGUUUUUUGACAAGGGGAUGUCUGUGGAUCAACUGGGAGGAGGGAUAUAAGGUAUGGAAAGAUGAGGAACAAGUCAAGCUUUUAGAGUGUUAAAAGGUCUUGGUGUGGUUGAGGGAGUUGAAGGACUACUGAACCAGUUCUGGCUGUCGUGUAUCUUUGACGCCUUUGGGAGUAGUUAUGGCUUGGUGUUGGCCACCUACGUCCGGGAAACAUUUUAUUUAAGGGACUCUAAAAAGUGCAACUACGUGCGUUUUAGCGAGUAGUAACAGUUUUGAUACUGGCACCUUUUUUAACUUGCCUUUAGGUUAAUAUUUUUUUUGUCAUGUGAUUAUUUUAGAAAACAAAUAUCAUCGAUUUAUUGACCUCUUAAAACUCUAUUUUGUUUGAGUAGAGUAAUCUAUGAGAACCGCUAAAAUUGGGCACAAUCUCAGGUUAGAGUAGAGUGACUCUACGACGAUUUUUGUCUCUUCUGGGGCUUCGGGAGAACCUUGACUAACGUUUUGAAUGUCAUCUGCAGGUGUUUGACGAACUUCAACUGGAUGCAGAAUGGAGUCUUAACGUAGGCAAUUGGCUGUGGCUUUCAGGAAGUACAUUUGUUAAGGAGCAUAUUCCAUGGUUCUGCCCAGUGGAAGUUGGAAAGAAGAUUGAUCCUUCUGGAGAAUACGUCAGGUAAAGUAGAGCAACAUGUUUCCAGUGGUUUUGUUUCUUUUUCGAGAGAAGAAAGAGAGAUUAAUUUUAUGAAAACCUUGAUUGUCUUUUCAGGAAAUACGUGCCUGAAGUGAGUGGUCUUCCCACUGAGUACGUUUUUGAACCUUGGAAAGCCCCAAAGUCGGUGCAAAAAGCGGCGGCAUGUUUGGUGGGCAAGGAUUAUCCGUUACCAAUAGUGGACCAUCGAGAACAGAGGAGAGUAUGCGUGCAGAGGUUGAAAGAGCUGGCUGAGAUGGUUGGCACUAGCAGAUCAGGUAAAAAGACAGAUAGUUUGUUCUCGUAGUGGGACAGUUGUCAGGUGGUGGUGUGUUGUAGGGGUAACAUUUGCUGGAGAUUCAUUCUGAGGUAGAUACAGUGUAAUAGAGAAGUUGGUUCUCGUAAGAAUUGAUGUGUGCUUCCCACCUCAACAAAAAUACUAACUCAUCGCACUUGUCUUGUUUUCUACAGUGGAGGUAAGAGGACACACAAGUGUGCAUUUGUUCCGAAAAGACCUCCGGCUCCAUGACAAUCCAAGUUUACGUUCAUGUCUGGAGGGAAGCGGCACGUUUUACCCAGUGUAUAUAUUGGAUACUGAGGCAGCUAGGCAGAGCAAGAUUUCCGCCAACCGUUGGAACUUCUUGCUGGAAUGCUUGCAUGAUCUGGAUAGUCAGCUGAGACGGCUUGGAUCUCGUCUGUUUGUAGUGCGCGGCAGGGAUGUGGAGGUGCUUCCAAAGUUGCUUUCCGAAUGGGGAGUAUCGCGCCUCAGUUUUGAAACUGACAGUGAGCCUUUUGGUGCUCAGCGAGAUGCUGUUGUACGAAAAAUAGCAGAGGAUGCUGGAAUUGAAGUUUUGAGCAAAACAUCACACACACUGUAUGAGCCAGGCCAGAUUUUACAUGCCAACCAGGGAGUUGUGCCCAUGCUGUUUGAGGAUUUUGUGAGAGUUGUGGAAGACAGUGAAAUCAAUGUACCUGGACCAGCUGAACCAGUGGAUAAACAAUUGAUGGGUUCUUGUGUGACUCCGAUAGGUAUUGAUCACCAUGUGAAAUUUGGAGUACCUGGAUUGAGCGAACUGGGAGUGAAGGACAGCCGUUUUGUAACAAGUUCAGGUCUGUGGAAAGGAGGAGAGCAGGAGGCACUGAGAAGACUUGCCCUGUUGGAAGGGGAGGUAUAGAUAUUGUUUUCUUUAGAGUAAAGGGCAAAGCUAACUUGUUGUUGGUUGAUAAGGCGUAAGCUGACAAUUUGGUGGUUUUUUUUUAUCCAGCUGGUGAAGAAUGACUUUGAAGAAGUGCCGUUAAAUGCAGCAUCUAUGGCAUCGUCUGCGACCCAUCUAAGCCCUUUUCUGCGAUUUGGAUGUUUGUCACCCAGAGUGAUGUGUCAACGACUUACAGAAAAGUAUGGAAAGGUAGGUUGCUGCCUAGGUUGCUAUUUGCAGAUAAUCGGUCCCAACAAGUACAGUAAAAUCCCGCGACUAAGAACCUGGAUUUUAAGAACCUGUUAAGCUAAAAUUUGCGAGUGAGCCCCCCUCUACAAAAGGAUCUGUUUAGCCUAAAAUUUGAAACAGGUUCUUCUUUUGCAAAAUCUGUAAAAAAAAAUUCGGUACAUUUAGGCAGCUAAGGUAAGCUAAAAUUCAGGACCCUCUUUGGAGACCUUAGUGCUUUAUUACUCCCUCUGCAAUUGCAAUGGUAUGCUGGGUUUACCUAAGGAACGCGCUAAAUACCUCUAAAUACUCUCAGCUACAAUGUAUUUUUUCUUCACAAAAUAAGAACCUAUUUAAGAACCUAAAUAGCCAAAAUUUGUGCUAAUUCCCAUUUAUUUAAGAACCUGGUAAGGCUAACUUGGGAGAAUACAGGUUCUUUGUCGCGGGUGUUGACUGUAUUACAUAAUAUCUGGUAAGUGGUCAGAGAAUUCAUUGCUAGUAACGAUUCUUGUGACUCAUGCCUAAAAUAAACGGUUCUAGACGUUUACCUUGCGUUCAUGGUGGUGAACUUUAGAUUGUGAAUGGAAUGUUGCGACGAGACCUGAAGAGAUGCUGUGAAACACUCACCCUCUGUUUGUUUGUUGUAUUUUUGACAGGUAAAGGGAAAAAUGCCUCCAACGUCAUUUUAUCGAUCCCUGCUUCUCCGAGAGUUCUUCUUUUUGAUGGCUGCUAGCAAUCCUGGCUUGCAUAAGAUGGAGAACAACCCUCUCAGUGUUCAGUUUCCUUGGGAAGAAAAUGCUGAAGGGCUUGAGAGAUGGAAGCAGGUAGGAUUCAUUUGGUUUACAUUCCCACCGCUGUAUUUUUAGGUGAAGAAGAUUAUGCAAGUGAAGGAUAAUUAUCAAUGAUAUGUGUUGUUGUUAUAUUGUUCAUCAGGGUUGUACUGGAUUUCCUUGGAUUGAUGCAGUAAUGCGGCAGCUUCGUAUAGAAGGAUGGAUUCCUCAUGUGGCCCGUCUAGCCGUUGGAUGUUUUUUGACAAGGGGAUGUCUGUGGAUCAACUGGGAGGAGGGAUAUAAGGUAUGGAAAGAUGAGGAACAAGUCAAGCUUUUAGAGUGUUAAAAGGUCUUGGUGUGGUUGAGGGAGUUGAAGGACUACUGAACCAGUUCUGGCUGUCGUGUAUCUUUGACGCCUUUGGGAGUAGUUAUGGCUUGGUGUUGGCCACCUACGUCCGGGAAACAUUUUAUUUAAGGGACUCUAAAAAGUGCAACUACGUGCGUUUUAGCGAGUAGUAACAGUUUUGAUACUGGCACCUUUUUUAACUUGCCUUUAGGUUAAUAUUUUUUUUGUCAUGUGAUUAUUUUAGAAAACAAAUAUCAUCGAUUUAUUGACCUCUUAAAACUCUAUUUUGUUUGAGUAGAGUAAUCUAUGAGAACCGCUAAAAUUGGGCACAAUCUCAGGUUAGAGUAGAGUGACUCUACGACGAUUUUUGUCUCUUCUGGGGCUUCGGGAGAACCUUGACUAACGUUUUGAAUGUCAUCUGCAGGUGUUUGACGAACUUCAACUGGAUGCAGAAUGGAGUCUUAACGUAGGCAAUUGGCUGUGGCUUUCAGGAAGUACAUUAUUUGUUAAGGAGCAUAUUCCAUGGUUCUGCCCAGUGGAAGUUGGAAAGAAGAUUGAUCCUUCUGGAGAAUACGUCAGGUAAAGUAGAGCAACAUGUUUCCAGUGGUUUUGUUUCUUUUUCGAGAGAAGAAAGAGAGGUUAAUUUUAUGAAAACCUUGAUUGUCUUUUCAGGAAAUACGUGCCUGAAGUGAGUGGUCUUCCCACUGAGUACGUUUUUGAACCUUGGAAAGCCCCAAAGUCGGUGCAAAAAGCGGCGGCAUGUUUGGUGGGCAAGGAUUAUCCGUUACCAAUAGUGGACCAUCGAGAACAGAGGAGAGUAUGCGUGCAGAGGUUGAAAGAGCUGGCUGAGAUGGUUGGCACUAACAGAUCAGGUAAAAAGACAGAUAGUUUGUUCUCGUAGUGGGACAGUUGUCAGGUGGUGGUGUGUUGUAGGGGUAACAUUUGCUGGAGAUUCAUUCUGAGGUAGAUACAGUGUAAUAGAGAAGUUGGUUCUCGUAAGAAUUGAUGUGUGCUUCCCACCUCAACAAAAAUACUAACUCAUCGCACUUGUCUUGUUUUCUACAGUGGAGGUAAGAGGACACACAAGUGUGCAUUUGUUCCGAAAAGACCUCCGGCUCCAUGACAAUCCAAGUUUACGUUCAUGUCUGGAGGGAAGCGGCACGUUUUACCCAGUGUAUAUAUUGGAUACUGAGGCAGCUAGGCAGAGCAAGAUUUCCGCCAACCGUUGGAACUUCUUGCUGGAAUGCUUGCAUGAUCUGGAUAGUCAGCUGAGACGGCUUGGAUCUCGUCUGUUUGUAGUGCGCGGCAGGGAUGUGGAGGUGCUUCCAAAGUUGCUUUCCGAAUGGGGAGUAUCGCGCCUCAGUUUUGAAACUGACAGUGAGCCUUUUGGUGCUCAGCGAGAUGCUGUUGUACGGAAAAUAGCAGAGGAUGCUGGAAUUGAAGUUUUGAGCAAAACAUCACACACACUGUAUGAGCCAGGCCAGAUUUUACAUGCCAACCAGGGAGUUGUGCCCAUGCUGUUUGAGGAUUUUGUGAGAGUUGUGGAAGACAGUGAAAUCAAAGUACCUGGACCAGCUGAACCAGUGGAUAAACAAUUGAUGGGUUCUUGUGUGACUCCGGUAGGUAUUGAUCACCAUGUGAAAUUUGGAGUACCUGGAUUGAGCGAACUGAGAGUGAAGGACAGCCGUUUUGUAACAAGUUCAGGCCUGUGGAAAGGAGGAGAGCAGGAGGCACUGAGAAGACUUGCCCUGUUGGAAGGGGAGGUAUAGAUAUUGUUUUCUUUAGAGUAAAGGGCAAAGCUAACUUGUUGUUGGUUGAUAAGGCGUAAGCUGACAAUUUGGUGGUUUUUUUUAUCCAGCUGGUGAAGAAUGACUUUGAAGAAGUGCCGUUAAAUGCAGCAUCUAUGGCAUCGUCUGCGACCCAUCUAAGCCCUUUUCUGCGAUUUGGAUGUUUGUCACCCAGAGUGAUGUGUCAACGACUUACAGAAAAGUAUGGAAAGGUAGGUUGCUGCCUAGGUUGCUAUUUGCAGAUAAUCGGUCCCAACAAGUACAGUAAAAUCCCGCGACUAAGAACCUGGAUUUUAAGAACCUGUUAAGCUAAAAUUUGCGAGUGAGCCCCCCUCUACAAAAGGACCUGUUUAGCCUAAAAUUUGAAACAGGUUCUUCUUUUGCAAAAUCUGUAAAAAAAAAUUCGGUACAUUUAGGCAACUAAGGUAAGCUAAAAUUCAGGACCCUCUUUGGAGACCUUAGUGCUUUAUUACUCCCUCUGCAAUUGCAAUGGUAUGCUGGGUUUACCUAAGGAACGCGCUAAAUACCUCUAAAUACUCUCAGCUACAAUGUAUUUUUUCUUCACAAAAUAAGAACCUAUUUAAGAACCUAAAUAGCCAAAAUUUGUGCUAAUUCCCAUUUAUUUAAGAACCUGGUAAGGCUAACUUGGGAGAAUACAGGUUCUUUGUCGCGGGUGUUGACUGUAUUACAUAAUAUCUGGUAAGUGGUCAGAGAAUUCAUUGCUAGUAACGAUUCUUGUGACUCAGAUGCCUAAAAUAAACGGUUCUAGACGUUUACCUUGCGUUCAUGGUGGUGAACUUUAGAUUGUGAAUGGAAUGUUGCGACGAGACCUGAAGAGAUGCUGUGAAACACUCACCCUCUGUUUGUUUGUUGUAUUUUUGACAGGUAAAGGGAAAAAUGCCUCCAACGUCAUUUUAUCGAUCCCUGCUUCUCCGAGAGUUCUUCUUUUUGAUGGCUGCUAGCAAUCCUGGCUUGCAUAAGAUGGAGAACAACCCUCUCAGUGUUCAGUUUCCUUGGGAAGAAAAUGCUGAAGGGCUUGAGAGAUGGAAGCAGGUAGGAUUCAUUUGGUUUACAUUCCCACCGCUGUAUUUUUAGGUGAAGAAGAUUAUGCAAGUGAAGGAUAAUUAUCAAUGAUAUGUGUUGUUGUUAUAUUGUUCAUCAGGGUUGUACUGGAUUUCCUUGGAUUGAUGCAGUAAUGCGGCAGCUUCGUAUAGAAGGAUGGAUUCCUCAUGUGGCCCGUCUAGCCGUUGGAUGUUUUUUGACAAGGGGAUGUCUGUGGAUCAACUGGGAGGAGGGAUAUAAGGUAUGGAAAGAUGAGGAACAAGUCAAGCUUUUAGAGUGUUAAAAGGUCUUGGUGUGGUUGAGGGAGCUUGAAGAACUACUGAACCAGUUCUUUCUUUCACGUAGCUUAGACGCCUUUAAGAGUAGUUAUGACUUGGUAUUGCCCACCAACGUCCGGGAAAAAAUUAUAUUUAUGGGACUCUAAAAAGUGCAAUUAAGUGCGUUUUAGCGAGUAGUAACAGUUUUGAUAGUGGCACCUUCGUUUACUUGCAUUUGGUUAAUAUUUUUAUCAUAUGAUUAUUUGUAUUGACUAAAAUUGAUGAGAAAACAAAUAUCAUCGAUUUGUUACCCUCUUAGAACAUUAUUUUGUUUGACUAGCUGGCGCGUCCUGAGUCAGUGACCAUACGGCGAUUUUUGCCACUUCUGGGGCUUCGGGAGAACCCUGACUAACGUUUUGAAUGUCAUCUGCAGGUGUUUGACGAACUUCAACUGGAUGCAGAAUGGAGUCUUAACGUAGGCAAUUGGCUGUGGCUUUCAGGAAGUACAUUUGUUAAGGAGCAUAUUCCAUGGUUCUGUCCAGUGGAAGUUGGAAAGAAGAUUGAUCCUUCUGGAGAAUACGUCAGGUAAAGUCGAGCAACAUGUUUCCAAUGGUGUUGUUUCAUUUGCGAAAGAAGAAGGAGAGGUUGAUUUUAUGAUAACCUUGAUUACCUUUUCAGAAAAUACGUGCCUGAAGUGAGUGGUCUUCCCACUGAGUACGUUUUUGAGCCUUGGAAAGCCCCAAAGUCGGUGCAAAAAGCGGCGGCAUGUUUGGUGGGCAAGGAUUAUCCAUUACCAAUAGUGGACCAUCGAGAACAGAGGAGAGUAUGCGUACAGAGGUUGAAAGAGCUGGCUGAGAUGGUUGGCACUAGCAGAUCAGGUAAAAAGACAGAUAGUUUGUUCUCGUAGUGGAAGCCUUGUGAGGUGGUGUUGUGUUGUAGGGGUAACAUUUGCUGAAGAUCAAUUCUGUGAGGUAGAUACAUUUUAAUUCAGAACUUGGAUCUCCUAAGAGUUGAUGCCUGAUUCCCACCUCAUCAAAAAUACUAACUCAUCGCACUUGUCUUGUUUUCUACAGUGGACGUAAGAGGACACACAAGUGUGCAUUUGUUUCGAAAAGACCUCCGGCUCCAUGACAAUCCAACCUUACGUUCAUGUCUGGAAGGAAGCGGCACGUUUUACCCAGUGUAUAUAUUGGAUACUGAGGCAGCUAGGCAGAGCAAGAUUUCCGCCAACCGUUGGAACUUCUUGCUGGAAUGCCUGCAUGAUCUGGAUAGUCAGCUGACACGGCUUGGAUCUCGUCUUUUUGUAGUGCGCGGCAAGGAUGUGGAGUUGCUUCCAAAGUUGCUUUUCGAGUGGGGAGUAUCGCGCCUUAGUUUUGAAACUGACAGCGAGCCUUUUGGUGCUCAGCGAGAUGCUGUUGUACGGAAAAUAGCAGAGGAUGCUGGAAUUGAAGUUUUGAGCAAAACAUCACACACCCUGUAUGAGCCAGGCCAGAUUUUACAUGCCAACCAGGGAGUUGUGCCCAUGCUGUUUGAGGAUUUUGUGAGAGUUGUGGAAGACAGUGAAAUCAAUGUACCUGGACCAGCUGAACCAGUGGAUAAACAAUUGAUGGGUUCUUGUGUGACACCAGUAGGUAUUGAUCACCAUGUGAAAUUCGGAGUACCUGGAUUGGGCGAACUGGGAGUGAAGGACAGCCGUUUAGUAACAAGUUCAGGUCUGUGGACAGGAGGAGAGCAGGAGGCACUCAGAAGAGUUUCCCUGUUGGAAGGAGAGGUAUAAUAAACAAUAAAUAUUAUUUUCUUCACACUGAUAGGCAAAGCUAACAUCUUGUUCGUUGGUAAUGCGUAAGGUAACAAUUUGGUGGUUUUUUUUUAUCCAGCUGGUGAAGAGUGACUUUGAAGAAGUGCCGUUAAAUGCAGCAUCUAUGGCAUCGUCUGGCACCCAUCUAAGCCCUUUUCUGCGAUUUGGAUGUUUGUCACCCAGAGUGAUGUGGCAACGACUGACAGAAACGUAUGGAAAGGUAGGUUGCAGCCUAGGUUGCUAUUUGUGCAUAACCGAUCGCAAUAGGUACAGUAAAAUCCCGCGACUAAGAAUUAAGCUAAAAUUUGCGGGUGAGCCUCUACAAAAGGACCUGUUUAGCCUGAAAUUUGAAACAGGUUCUUGUUUUGUAAAAUCUAUCAAAAAAAUUAUGUAGACUUGAGCAAAUAAGAUAAGCCAUAAUUUAGGAUCCUCUUUGGAGACACUAGUGCCGUAUUACUCGAACUGCAAUUGAAAUGAUAUGCAGGUUUCACCCGAGGAAUGCGCUGAAUACCACUAAAUACUAUUUGGUACGAUGUAUUUUUUCUUCAAAUAAUAAGAACCUAUUUAAGAACCUAUAUAGCUAAAAUUUGUGCUAAUUCCCAUUUAUUUAAGAACCUGGUAAGGCUAACUUAGGAGAAAACAGGUUCUUUGUCGCGGGUGUUGACUGUAUUACAUAAUAUCUGGUAGGUGGUCAGAGAAUUAAUUGCUAGUAACGAUUCUUGUGACUCAGAUGCCUAAAAUAUAAGGUUCUAGACGUUUGCCUUGCCUUCAUUGUUGUGAACUUUAGAUUGUGUAUGGAAUGUUGCGACUUGACCUGAAGAGAUGCUGUCAAACACUAACCGUUUCUUUGUUUGUUCGUUUGUUUGUUUGUUUUUUUUUAACAGAUAAAGGGGAAAAUGCCUCCUACGUCAUUUUAUCAACCCCUGCUUCUCCGAGAGUUCUUCUUUUUGAUGGCUGCUAACAAUCCUAACUUGCAUAAGAUGGAGAACAACCCUCUCAGUGUUCAGUUUCCGUGGGAAGAAAAUGCUGAAGGGCUUGAGAGAUGGAAGCAGGUAGGAUUCAUUUGUUUUACAUUCCCAUCGCUGGAUUUUAAGGUGAGGAAAAUUCUGCAAGUGAAGCGUAGUUAUUUAUAAUAUGUGUUGUUGUUAUGUUGCUCAUCAGGGUUGUACUGGAUUUCCUUGGAUUGAUGCAGUAAUGCGGCAGCUUCGUAUAGAAGGAUGGAUUCCUCAUGUGGCACGUCUAGCCGUUGGAUGUUUUUUGACAAGGGGAUGUCUGUGGAUCAACUGGGAGGAGGGAUAUAAGGUAUGGAAAAAUGAGGAACAAGUCAAGGUUUUAGAGUCAAGACAGAAUCCGUCAGGAAAUUGAGUAAUUUUAAUUUUCAGUGGGCAAAAACCCUUUACCAGGAUAAUUGAAGGAAUUAUCGCAUUCUUUUUUUACAUUUUUCAAGGGCUAAAGAUGUAAUUAGUCAUCUGUAGUAACACCAAAGAAAAUUCUUAUCAGGGCCGGCCAGGGUUUUUGGGUAUACAGUAUAUUGGGGAAUUUAAUUUUAGGAAUACUUUAUUUUUAUGCUUAAAAUUGGGUAUAAAGUAUUCACUCACGACUAAUUUUGGGUAUAAAGUAUAUCGUGGUUUUCUUAAUUUUGGUAUUUUACACGAUUUUUUGUAUAAUUUUUGGUAUAUUGGAAGGUUUAUUUCGGGUAUUUUGGUAUUCCACUACCCACCUUGGCCGACCCUGUCUUAUGGAAGUCCGAGAAAAUAAUGUCAAAUUUCACAAGAACUGUGAAAACACAGUUAAAAUUCUGAAAAUUUUAUCGGUGUAAGGUGUCAUUUUGUGAAAAUUUGACAUUUAUUUUCUCGGGCUCCCAUACGAAAUUUUCUUUGGUGUUAUUACAGAUGACUAAUUACAUCUUUAGCCCUUGAAAAAUGUAAAAAAGAAUGCGAUAUGCUUUAAGAAACGGUCCAGAUAAGAACGAUAGCAACAACGGCAACGAACAUGUUGGAAUGUAAAAAAGGUGCUAACUUUUCUAUUGUCUGUACUUACUUCUGAUUGGCUUAAACAGCAAAAGUUAACAAAACUUCAUAAAGCGGUACAUAUAUUCAUCCUUACUUUGCAACCAUCUUCCAUAUAACAAAAUCUGGUGUAAAAUUGUAAACUUUUCUAGGCUAUUGCUUUCAACUCUUGUGAUUGGUCAAAAUCUUUUAACACAAAAAAACACUCUUUCAAAGUGGAUUGGAAAUGCAUUUUAUUGCGUAAACGGCCUUCAUGUAGGUUUAUGCAUUCUCUGUGUAAAAAUGAGAACAUUCCUAUGUGGGGAAAGCACCGUUGCCGCAUAACAAAAGAAAUUGCUAUCUACCUUACCCGGAUCAUUACUUAAAAUAAUAUGGUACAAGGUUUUUGUCCACUGAAAAUUAAAAUUACUCAAUUUCCUGACGGAUUCUGGCUUAAGGUCUUGGUGUGUUUGAGGGAGCUUGAAGGACUACUGAACCAGUUCUGCCUUUCACGUAGCUUAGACGCCUUUGGGAGUAGUGAUGGCUUGGUAUUGCCCACCUAUGUCCGGGAAAAAUUAUAUUUAAGGGACUCUAAAAAGUGUAAUUAAGUGUGUUUUAGCGAGUAGUAACAGUUUUGAUAGUGGCACCUUCAUUUACUUGCAUUUGGUUUAUUUUUUUUUAUCAUAUUAUUAUUUGUAUUGACCAAAAGUGAUGAGAAAACAAAUAUCGAUUUAUUGCCCUUUUUGAACAUUAUUUUUUUUGAGUGGCUGGCGCGUCUUGAGUGACUAUACGGCGAGUUUUGUCUCUUCUGGGGCUUCGGGAUAACCUUGACUAACGUUUUGAAUGUCAUCUGCAGGUGUUUGACGAACUUCAACUGGAUGCAGAAUGGAGUCUUAACGUAGGCAAUUGGCUGUGGCUUUCAGGAAGUACAUUUGUUAAGGAGCAUAUUCCAUGGUUCUGUCCAGUGGAAGUUGGAAAGAAGAUUGAUCCUUCUGGAGAAUACGUCAGGUAAAGUCGAGCAACAUGUUUCCAAUAUUUUUGUUUCUUUUGGCAGAGAAGGAAGAGAGGUUGAUUUUAUGAAAACCUUGAUUGCCUUUUCAGGAAAUACGUGCCUGAAGUAAGUGGUCUUCCCACUGAGUACGUUUUUGAGCCUUGGAAAGCCCCAAAGUCGGUGCAAAAAGCGGCGGCAUGUUUGGUGGGCAAGGAUUAUCCAUUACCAAUAGUGGACCAUCGAGAACAGAGGAGAGUAUGCGUACAGAGGUUGAAAGAGCUGGCUGAGAUGGUUGGCACUAGCAGAUCAGGUAAAAAGACAGAUAGUUUGUUCUCGUAGUGGAAGCCUUGUGAGGUGGUGUUGUGUUGUAGGGGUAACAUUUGCUGAAGAUUAACUCUGUGAGGUAGAUACAUUUUAAUUCAGAACUUGGAUCUCCUAAGAAUUGAUGCCUGAUUCCCACCUCAUCAAAAAUACUAACUCAUCGCACUUGUCUUGUUUUCUACAGUGGAGGUAAGAGGACACACAAGUGUGCAUUUGUUUCGAAAAGACCUCCGGCUCCAUGACAACCCAACCUUACGUUCAUGUCUGGAGGGAAGCGGCACGUUUUACCCAGUGUAUAUAUUGGAUACUGAGGCAGCUAGGCAGAGCAAGAUUUCCGCCAACCGUUGGAACUUCUUGCUGGAAUGCCUGCAUGAUCUGGAUAGUCAGCUGAGACGGCUUGGAUCUCGUCUGUUUGUAGUGCGCGGCAGGGAUGUGGAGGUGCUUCCAAAGUUGCUUUCCCAGUGGGGAGUAUCGCGCCUUAGUUUUGAAACUGACAGCGAGCCUUUUGGUGCUCAGAGAGAUGCCGUUGUACAGAAAAUAGCAGAGGAUGCUGGAAUUGAAGUUUUGAGCAAAACAUCACACACCCUGUAUGAGCCAGGCCAGAUUCUACAUGCCAACCAGGGAGUUGUUCCCAUGCUGUAUGAGGAUUUUGUGAGAGUUGUGGAGGACAGUGAAUUGACCGUUCCUAUUCCAGUCGGUGAUGUUGGGAAACAAGCGAUGGGUGGUUUUGUUACACCGGUAGCUAUUGAUCACCAGGCAGAAUUUGGAGUCCCUGAAUUGAAUGAACUGGGAAUGAAAGACAGCCGACUGAUAACUUGUACAGGCGUGUGGAAAGGAGGAGAACAAGAAGCUUUGAAAAGAGUUUUCAUUUUAGAAGGAGCGGUAAGGAAUGUUUGUGUUUUUGCCAAGUAAUAAAAGCGUGUAGACCGCGUUCAGUGAUUUUUUUGACUCUUAUUUUGAUAAGAGAAUGUAUGGAGUGACGUCCUAGUUCUUUUUUUGAACAGAAUUCGUUAUAAGACAAGUUGCCUUGUCCGUGUUUUUGUUGUUUUUUACUCUCUUUUGACCUGUGGCGCCCCUACGAACGGUCGUUUUGUCGAGUUUUCGAUGUCGAUGUUUAUUUCAAAAAAGAUUUUAAAGCUCCGUACCUUCCAGGAAAAUGGCGUUCGAACUCGUCAAAUUUGCCGUGAUAGAAUUUGUCUGAUUUGUCUUUCGGUGCAAUGCUUUUUGAGGUUCAGGUUUGAUUAUUAACAACAGCAACAAGAAAUGAAUUCAUCAAGGUCGUAUUUCUUUCUCUGUUGGUGAAAGCAACAUAGGGGUCCUUGAAAUAUUUUGCUUUUACGUAGACUCUGAAGCGACUGCUGAUUUUUUCCUGGUCCAAGGUAUAUAGUUCUGGAGAAACGAGAAAUUGCGGAGUCUUCUUAAAGGUAGCGCUUUGCGAGCGGUUAUGAAAAAACCCGAAACUCAAGAAGCGCCGAAGGACUACUCAUAAUGGCAACUUGGCGAUUUCGGAUGAUCAGCUCAAUAGUCGUCAGCUAUUUCGUUUUGGAAUUACAACUCGAAAACUUAGACUCGCCCAAACAGCCUUAGAAGGGCGCCGGAAAAAAAAUACGGCCUGUUAAAAAUACAACACAAACACAAGGUAAAUUAAGUUAGGACAUAUUUUAUUUAUUCCCAUACAUUCUCUUAUGAAAUUCAAAGGUUGCGUGUGGGCUUUUUAUUUAUCCAUUUAUUUACUCAUGUAUUUAUCGACCCUCUCUGCUUAUAUUUAGCUGAAAAAGAACGAUUUCGAGAAAAUACCGUUAAAUUCAGGAUCCAUUCUAUCGUCUGGCACCCACUUAAGCCCUUACCUGCGAUUUGGAUGUUUGUCGCCCAGAGUGUUGUGGCACUUUUUUACAGAAGCCUACGAAAAGGUAAGUGACGAUCUUGAUCGCUACUUACACCUUGUCCGGUGCAAAAAUGUUGGAAAAUAGUUGGAAAGUAAAGAAAGAGUCGUUUGCUCGGAAGCGCUCAGUAUGUUUUUAUGGGUAGUGCGUGCUCACGGUAAUUGCAAACAGGUUGCUUGUGUAUCAGAAAUCGAACGAGUGAAUAUAUUUGUUACAUUCAUGCUGAGACGUUCAUCGUUGUUCUAUGCUUAACCGUUUUUUUCAAAAACUCUAAAAUGACUUUGCCUUUGCAAGACGUAAACUUUUAAAAAUUAUAACUAUUUUAAGGAUGUAAGAUAAUCUUGGAAUUAAAAGCAAUCUUAACUGUUCCGCCAGUUGUUCUGAAUAUUGUUGAAAAGCGGUGCAAAAGCAGUUUUAAUUUAAUUGAAAUGGCCGUUUUGAACAAGAUAAGACAAAGUAACUCCUAUUAAAGAACGCAUAAACUUACGUCUCAUUCGUUGUUGUUGCUGUGAUUGUUGUUGUUGUUGUUUUAUGCCCUUCUACUGUUGUUCUGCAGGCCCUCUACAAUUUUUGCCUGACACAGUGCCAUACACGAAGCUAAUAUUCAUCUAUUUCAAUUUUCGAACUGUUCAUUUUUUACGCGAAAAACUUAUUUCAUUUCUCGUCGUUUUUAUUGGUCAAUCCAAAUUUACAUUUUUAUUUUCUCACUGCCCACAAAUAGCAAAGGCUAGUUUAGGUGGGCAGUGUCUAUAAAACACAAAAUACGCACUCCUAAUGGUAUUCAAUUCGCAAGUAAACGAAACUAAUUUAGAAGAAAACUUUCUGUGAAAACAAUACUGAGGGUAACUAGAAUACAGAAUGUAAAUCAGAAACUUACCGGAUCAAUUUAGGUUUCUGGGGAAGUGACCACCCACCCCUCCCCUAAGCCAACAUUGAGCCCUAAGUGAGAAGAAAGUGAUGAUAAUGGCUUAGGGGAGGGGUAGGUGGUCAGUUUCCCAGAAACCGAAGUUGAUCCAACUUACCAGUACAAUUAUUAAGACAACUGCAAAGAUAAUAAGUAGGUGAGUUAUGGACGACUCUCAACAAUUUCCUGCUUGAAUGACCGCGCGUCACUCCGCGAAGCGAGGGCGCUGCAAGCACCUAUAAAAGGCGCGAAAUUCAAGCACCGCUGAGGUUUUUCAGUUUCGACCAAAUAUCGCUUGAGAUUCUGGUUGGACGAGCUAUUUUUGUUAAAUGUGAAAAACAUUGUCCGCUUAUCUGAUUGGCGAGAACUCUUUUGCGAAUGAAAUGUUACGACACAGCUUUUCAGUGAGUAUAUUUGAGUAUGUGCAUACUAGUAUUUUUUCCUUCAACCUGUGUUAUUAAUAUUGUAGAAAUUAUAUUUGGAGGAUUGCUAUGUGUCCUUAACUAAAAGUUUCAUAUCAUGAACCAUGUAUUUAUACCAUACUCUUUUAAUGCACUGCUUACAGGCAAAAGGGAAAAGCCCACCUACGUCAUUUUACCAACCCCUGCUUCUCCGAGAGUUCUUCUUUUUGAUGGCUGCUAGCAAUCCUAACUUGCACAAGAUGGAGAACAACCCUCUCAGUGUUCAGUUUCCGUGGGAAGAAAAUCCUGAAGGCCUACGGAGGUGGAAACUGGUUAGUUUCGUAAAAAAAUUAUAUUACUGAAUUGUUGCUUGACAGAACUCUGUAAGUAAGGUUAAAAUGGUUUGCUUUGUUGUUCGUGUUGCAUGUACUAGGGUACCACUGGAUUUCCUUGGAUUGAUGCAGUAAUGCGGCAGCUUCGUAUAGAAGGAUGGAUUCCUCAUGUGGCCCGUCUAGCCGUUGGAUGUUUUUUGACAAGGGGAUGUCUGUGGAUCAACUGGGAGGAGGGAUAUAAGGUAUGGAAAGAUGAGGAGCAAGUCAAGGUUUUAGAAUUAAGGUCUUGCUGAGUUUAAGGGAGCUUAGCAGACUAACAUUUUGAAUGUCAUCUGUAGGUGUUUGACGAACUUCAACUGGAUGCAGAAUGGAGUCUUAACGUAGUCAAUUGGAUGUGGCUUUCAGGAAGCACAUUUGUUAAGGAGCAUAUUCCAUGGCUCUGUCCAGUGGAAGUUGGAAAGAAGAUUGAUCCUUCCGGAGAAUACGUCAGGUAGGAGAGGGCAACACUUUCGAUGCCCUACUAUUCAGUAUCCACAGUAGUUGAGUUAUAAGGAUGAAAAGCAGGUUAUCUAAACUCUUGAACCGUCAAGGCGCCUUUGUCAAGCCACAGUGAUAAUGUGACUUGUUAGCUUGCGUUAAUUGAGGCGAUUUCUUGCGAAUCUUAAGCUACUAUGUAGAACCCUGUUCUUUUUUAUUUUUGGCUCUUGGAAAGGCUCACGUCAGUACGUUGAUUUACAUCUGAGAUUGUUUCCCCUUUUCAUGAAUGUUUGUAGGAAGUAUGUACCCGAGGUGAGGCGAUUACCUUUGAAGUACUUGUUCGAACCAUGGAAAGCACCAAUGGGAGUUCAAAAGAGAGCGCGGUGUAUUGUGGGUGAGGAUUAUCCUGAACCAGUGGUUGAUCACAUCGAACAGCGGAGAAUCUGUGUUGAGCGCUUGAACGAUAUGUGCAUUUCGUUGGAUAUUUCAGGUAUGUCUGUAGAUUUAGCUACGAAACGUUUUGAGUAGGGUUCUGUUUAACAUCCUCGGUGAAGAUUGCAUCGACCAUGGUGAGCCUUCAGCAAGACGUUAUAGUUCUAGAUUGUUAGACGAUAUUGAGCGUUGCAGUUUAUUUUGUGUAGUUCCUGCUGCGUCACAAAUUACCAACUACUGAACGGUUUCUUUUGUUGAUAGAUAAGCGAAGUACAGGUUCAGUUGUCUAGCCUAGAAUAAAAAUUUUGUAUUUCAUCAUUGGCCAUGCCUAUCAGUAAAUGCCUUGACUUGAGUUCUCAUGUAGGAGUACAAACAUAAUCGUUGAGGCUAUUUUCUUAUACUUAUUCGGUAAGCUAUAGAUACAUGUAAAGUAGACUGCUUAUAGUCCGCCUUUUCUGUUAAAAUCCGUCCAGUUUUCAUCCCAGCCAGCGUGUCUGCAAACAACGACGUUGCAAUGUGCAUGGGUUACGCGUGGAGCUACUUUGAAAAGAAAAUAGGAGACCGCUUACCGUCUAUUUGUAAUCCAACUGGGAAUUUGUGGCUUUUAUCUCGCAGGUCACAGGAGCCUUCACUGGUUCAGAAAGGACCUCAGACUUCACGACAAUCCCAGCCUUAGAGGGUGUCUUGCCAACAGUAAAGUGUUCUACGGGGUGUACGUCCUAGAGUGUAGUUCUGAAGGAAGGAUGAAUGUCAGCCCAAACCGAUGGGAAUUUCUUCUGCAGUCCCUUCGAGACCUUGACAACAGUCUAGUUCAAUUGGGCUCACGCCUUUUCGUUAUCAAGGGAAGACCUGUUGACAUCUUGCCUUCUCUUUUCAAGGAGUGGGAUAUCACCCGCUUGUCGUUUGAGCCUGACUGUGAGCCUGACUGUAAGGCCCGGGAUAUGGUGAUCACGAACCUUGCCCAACAAGCUGGAAUUGAAGUUAUCAAUCGUGUCUCACACACUCUUUAUGAUCCUGAAACGUUGUUGAUGUCAGCGGGUGGCAGGGUACCACUUCAAAUCGAUGCGUUUAAGGAGCUUGUGUUGUUACAAGGGCGACCAGAGAUGCCCGUUGCAACAGUUGACAGAAAACAGUUUGGCUCUUGCACGACUCCUGUUGGCGAAGACCAUAACAAGAGGUUUGGAGUCCCAACACUGGAGGAGAUCGUUUUGCACAAGCCACUCACCGUGUCCUCACGGUUUUAUGGAGGUGGGGAGAGAGAAGCCUUAUUAAGACUGGAAAAAGCGCUGCAGCAGGUAAAUGGCUUAGCUUACUGCCUCGAGCUUAAUACCUAACAAUCGGUUUAAGUUUAAUUCCAGUUUAAUUCUUUCACAACGGUGAAUUUUGGGAUCUCAAAAGAAGGCAAAACCUUCUUCUCAAUCUUUUUAAGACCUUGGGCCUUGGCUGAUGGUCCGGCCGAGCCUGCCUCCUCUCGUGCACAACCAAAUGAGCAAACAGAGCGGCGUUCAACUUUAUUAGUUCAGUAGUAAGACAAACGCAUUCGAUCAAGUUGAUGCAGAAUACUUUAAAGAUCAUUAAAAUAAUCCAGCCCCAUCAUCCUGGCUGCUAUCAAUUUUAGUUCAGCUUAGUUUGGAAAAAGUAGUUCCGUACUUGACACUUCCUGUCUUGUAAGUUAUUUUACUGAAAUACGCCGGUGUUUUGAAAUCAAAUAUUUAGAAAUGGAACCGGGCUUGAACCGUGGGACGGCGUCCGUAGGGGUUAACUUGAGAUUCCUACCCCCCCCCUCCUCCCUACGCCCCAACAAACAAAUAUCAUACUGAAUUAUUUCUGACAGUAAACGCCUCGCAGCAAUGUUUUGUGUUGUUUUCUACUUGCAGAUGAUAAUAAAUGACUUCUGUGAGCCGCACUUGACUGCCAGCUCUUUAAUGCCAUCGGAGAUCCAUUUGAGUCCUUACUUGAGGUUAGGCUGCCUGUCUCCUAGGCUGUUUUACCAGCGAAUAACCCAAGAGUAUAUCAAGGUAUGCCAUUCCCUGCGUUAUAUUAAGAAUAUAUCUGUAAUUAUCCUUAGUGAUUUUUCGAAACCUUCAGUGUUCCAGUCUGUUUCCAUUGUAGCUUUAGUGACCCAAGUUGAUCAAUUACUGCGUGGAGGUGAUUUGCCAUGUUUCCCAGUGUUUCUAAACUACUACUCAGAGCGCAGUUACUAAUCGUCAUAAUUACGCGCUUAAAUUCCUCUUUGAGUUUUCAAAUAGUAAUUUUGUUAUCGGCGGGUAUGUAAUGUUGCAAACAAAAAUACUGAUAUAUUGUUGUUGCAGAAGUUGGUAGAAACAGCUGACACUUUGUGACUGGUUUAACCUGAGAAAACAGCCGACAUUUGGCGACGCCACCACUUGUUUCCCCGUGAAAUGACGUCUGAGCAACGAGCGCAGAAAUUCUAUAGUGAUGACUUGUCACUAUCCAAAUCUGGUUUGUGCUUUUUAUUGGUUGAAGUAAGUUUCUUUCGCGGCAUUACCAAUCAGAAGCACUAAACAGAUGCGGUAUUCACACGUCAUCAGUCUGGAAUUUCUGUGCUCGUUCCUCAGACGUCAUUCGCCGGGAAACCAGUGGUGGCUCCACGAAAUGCCGGCUGUUUUGCUCAGGAUAUGAUUGGUCCAGCGGUGGACAAAAGUUGAUAUUUUUUAAGAUUUGAGAGAAAAAAAUUGUCACGGUUACCUUUGGACGUCAGAUAUUUUGCAUAUGAAACUUCGAAGGAGCCAAAACGACCGUGCGCUGCUGUGGAUGCAAAAUUCCAGUCAUACAGAAGGUUGUUCUUUUUUUUAAUCCACAGGCCAAGACGUCAAACCCGCCGCAGAAGAUAUUCAACAAGCUGUUAUGGCGCGAGUUCUUCUUUACUGUUGGAAGCCAGCUACCGGAAUCGCCUGAAAUGGUCAACAACCCACUGAGUCUCCAGAUACCUUGGGAGGAGUCUGCCGAGUAUCUUGAGCGCUGGAAACAGGUCAGUAAUGUGAGGCGACAGUGUUACUGUGUUGACCUGUGUUCAUCAUGAUAGUGUGAGAGUGCCGCUCCAGUCACUUAUGAGACCUCUCAAGGUGUUACUUCCCUCUUGGGAGAGGAGCUUUGAAAACAUGAAAAGCAAUGGUUGUCGAGAUAAAAUGGGACUUUUUUGAACAAACAGUACUGAAAUGGGGCUUUAAAAGCAUUCUCAAACUUUGUGUAAGUAACUCAAUGUGGAAGUCGUUCGGAAACCAUAACAUCUUUUGUGAAAAGGGUAUAUCAGCAGGAUGUGAUAUGAAACAAUUCUUGUGUUGUAUCUACUAGCCAUAUCACUUUUAUUAUACACGUCCUUUGGAGUUCAUGUUUCGUUGUAGUAUUUUCUCUAUGAACCUAAACUAAUGCAUUGAAGCGUUAUCUUUUAGGGUAUGACUGGGUUCCCAUGGAUCGACGCCAUUAUGAGACAACUCCGCUCCGAAGGCUGGAUCCAUGACGUUGCUCGUAGGGCUGUUGGUUCUUUCUUGACACGUGGUUGUCUGUGGAUUAACUGGGAAGAAGGAUUCAAGGUAGAACGACUGAAAGUAAUCUUAUUAACUGUUGGUAAUUGCUUUUUGACACCACUUCGCCUUAGCCGGGCGCGUUUUCAACGUAGGCUAACUUCUAAGAUCUGUACAAUUUAAAUAACGGUCUUCAUUGUCUGUAGCAGACUUCAUACAGUGAACUCUCUGGGAGUGAGAGGCAUCCGCCUACAGAGGCAAAGAAAGAGACUGAACGACAGCAGGGUCCAACUCAAGGCGUCCAGGAAGAGAGAGUUAACUUUACCAAAAGUUUGCUCCCUCUUAACGAACACCUUAAAUGGACAUCUCCAGUUGGCCCUAGCCCGUAAGGCGAGCCCCUCUUUAAGAAGAACAGUUAGUAUCGGUCCCAAUGAUGUCCGUAGUGUCUUUAUGUAUGUCACUGGUCCUUGUGCUGUUAGAACGACGUUACCAUAUAUACGAUCUGCACAACCAACCGCCCAAUCCGUGAGGACCUUUUGGAGUGUUUUUGGUCCGUAUACGGUCCGAAAACACUUCAUAAGGUAAUUGGAACGCUUUCUUUGACGUUGCUGAUAAUCGUGGAUGGCCUUUUCGUUUGUUAAUGUAUUCCUUGUCACUUCAGAGCUUCUGAGAUCAGGAGUUGGUUUAUCAACCGUGGAGCAAUCGAAAUUUUUCAUUGGUGCAAUUUUUACUAGGUUUUUGACGAGUUUCAAUUGGACGCCGAAAGGAGCCUGAACUCUGGCAAUUGGCUGUGGCUGUCAGGAAGUACAUAUGUUAGAGAGCAUAUUCCAUGGCUGUGUCCAGUAGAAGUUGGAAAGAAGAUUGACCCAACUGGAGAGUAUGUUAGGUGUGUUGGUACAAUGUUUCUUUUGUCUACACUCAAGACUCGAAGGGCUAAGUUUAUGUUGAGGCUCUUAUGGCUUCGGUUUGUUGAUUAAGCGUAGUUACAGGGGUCAUCUCACGUCAUUAGACGUCACGCUAGUCCUUUAGUGAUUGUCACCAUUGAUUCCAUUGGUCAUCCGCUUUCGAUGUAAGCUGUCGAGGUAUCGAUACCUUGUCACUGCCUCGCUUUUAAUCCUGGGCGGUGUGUUGUGCGGGAGGCGGAAAGCCAAUUCUAUUCAAUGUGCAUCUCGGUUCUCCGUACGACUGCUUUCUCAACAGUAGGGCUAAAACGCGCCAAGAAACAUCUUGUCAAUAUGUUCUUAAACUGUUAAUAAACCCAGAGAUAUCCAAAACUACCCUUCCCAUGUGGAACUUAAAUGUCAAUCUUUUUUGUCUUUGCUUCUCUUUUAGGCGUUAUGUGCCGGAGGUUAGGAACCUUCCUACAGAGUACGUCUUUGAGCCGUGGCUGGCACCACGUGAUCUGCAGAUCUCUUGCUGUUGUGUGAUUGGUCAAGAUUACCCUUCCCCUAUUGUGGAUCACGUGCAGCAACGAGCUAUUUGUGUCCAGCGCCUUCGUGACCUGGCUUUCAGUUUAACUGCUGCUGAUAAAUUUAUUUAAGUCAAACUUCAGGGACGGUAGAUUGGUCCUAUUUUAGAGGAAAACUGCUUCUUCACGAAUAAUUUGCAACAUUUUUUAAGCCGGCGGAGAUGAUGUGUUAACAAUUGGCUUCAUAGAACACAAUGUAUAUAUAAAAUGUAAAUGCUUUGUUUGUAUUGGCAGUGCACGCAAGUAACUGCUUGUUCUAGUUUUAAAGCACUCGACUUAAUUAAUUAAAAAAAGCAAUCCAAAUAGUACGUAACAGUAUUGAUAGGGGUUGAGUUAGCGAGUCACUGCGCAUCUAACGCGCUUACCACUCGACCUCGUGUAUUGUUUCUCUAUUUUGUUCUAUCAACGGCAUGUUUGUUUCUUAAAGGGGUAGAACUAAUAGAGUAAUAUUAGCUAAGAAUUUCUCAGUUUUUAAGUUAUUACAAGUCGUUUGGAUAGAUAGAAAAAAAAAUGACCGCAACUUCCAAACAUAAUCAAAUGUUUCUCAUUUGUUCUCAUUGCUAUUCGAAACUAAAAACGUGCUUCGUGCUGCUGUCAAGUAAAACUAUUAGAUGAAAACUCAUAGGAGAGACGUACAAAACUUGCAUUGUAAGGAAAAUGACAAGGUGGUCUUGGAAUAGGUUUGCGUUUAUUAAGAGUCAUUGUAUGUUUGCUAAAAGAUAAGUUAUAUCGAUGAAAACACGCUACAAUUUGCUUAUGUUAAACGGUAUGGUGAUUAAAAAUUUUUUUUCAAAUGCUAAUAAAAGUUGUACGUGGAAGUAUUGUUAAAGAAGGAGGCAACGUAUUUUUUUAGGAGCCGACCAUAUGACUUUUUUGGCGGGGCGAGGGCGUGCUGUAUCUGUGAUUUCAGAAAAAAAAGUUCUGCAGACUGAUUUCGAGCCAAAUAAAAAAUCUUGCAAGGAGAUACCAGUCAUACAAUGGCUUUCUAUGUCAUAUCAUAUGGAGACAUUGAACCUGACCUCCUCGUAGCCAAAACAAGGUUUACCCGUGUAACUUAAAUUGGAAUGUUAACGGAAACAAGUAAUAGAGAACAUGCGCAUAAUGCUCUCUGAUUAACCUGAACAGUAACUAUACGUAUAAAGAUACGUCAUAUCUUGGUAGUAAGUUGCCACAGG